GAACAGACAAGCUUGUUCUCUGCAGUUACGGGAUUUCAAGAAGAAGAAAUCAGUUCUCAGGGAGCAACCUGAUACAUUUCCCUCUUUCCUUCCUAUUCUGGGAAGUGCUGGUGCUGCAGCUGAGAUGUGCAAGAUGUCUUUCAAGGUAAUUGUUGUUUGUUGUUUAUCAAGAUCCUAGCAUACUGCAAUAAGGAUGUAGCUUUCCAUCAGUUCAGUGUUUGUCUCCUGACUCACUGCUAGGCCUUGCUUGGGACAACAGAGUAGAUAAAAAUCCCUUUAAUUCACAAAGGCUUCUCUUUCAUGAUAUGUUACCUUUAGCAUUAUCCUUUCAAUGUAGCAGGAAGCAAACAGCAGAAUCUCAAAUGAAAUAACUAAGUAACUAUCUGCUGCUGGAGUUACAUUAAAUGACAUUGUUUUGAGUUACUUCUGCAGAAUUAUGUUCAAUUUUAAAUGUAAAGAAAUUGCAUUUUUUUUCCAGACAAGCAUUAAAUUGCAUUGAAUAUGAGACAUGGACAUUUUACUAUUUCAUACCAAUUAUAAAAAGUCAGGCGUGAAAUAAGUAUUCCAUACUGAAAAUGUUUUUGUUGUCAGCUAUUUUCUUGUGUUAAAGUCUUGCUGCAAUCAUGUUACAAUGUUGUUUAUCUGGAAAUGCAGAUGUGAAUCAUGUGAUUAUUAUUAUUAUUUAUAAAGCGCCAACAAAUUCCAUAUCACUGUACAAUAUUUGGACUGACAGACAAGUAUUUGCAACAAGACGAGUUGGACAUACAGGAACAGAGGGAGUUGCGGUACAGAACAGUAUAGAUAACAAUAAAUUGUUGAUAUAACAUUUCUAAAGUUCUUACAUGCUUUUUGUGCCAUGGAUCUAAUGACAAAUACCACCAAAAGUCAAAUGUCGACUUUUGCCAAUAAUAGCCAAGCUGCGAAUGUGAGUUGAAUUUUUUAAAUUCAUGAAUAUUCUGAAUUUAGUGAAAAACCCAGGCGAGGGCUGGCUAUAUUUGGCUUGAGGGCAUUUAGAAACAGCCCAUUCUGAGACCAGACCAGCACAUUCUCUCAGCAUGCUCCACUCCCUUUCCCUAAUACUGCAAUAACUACAGUACAAUAUGAGUAAAAGAAUACUGUUACAAUAUAUAUUAAUAUAGUGCUGUUAGACAGUAGACAUGUGCACCAAUGAACUUUUCGUUUUGUACGAAUUAAUUCGUACUAAAAAGAAUUCAUUCGUCCAUUACGAAUUUCGUCCGUAAAACAUAUGUUUUUCGGAUGAAAUUCGUUAAAAAAUAAUUUGUUUUCGUCCAUUAGGAUGAAACGAACAGUGUGCAUGUGCAAAAAAAUAAAUAAAGGAGGGAGCCGGCAGCGCUACCAGCUAUCUCCUUGUGAUACAUUGUGGCGGAACUUAUCACUUAUUUUCCUUUAUUUUGUAUGUUUUAUCCUUUUUCCGUUCCGGAGUACUUCAUAUGAACAGUAUCCUUUCGUCUCCCGAACGAGGACCAACCCUUUACCCCAUUAGAACGUUAACACCAGCAACUUAAGUGCGAAACCGCAAGGGGAGUAAUUAAUGAAUGCUUCCCCCAGGUGCCCGCCAUUUCGUAUAACCGAACACGUGGCAGACAAAAGAAUGGCGAAUGGACAUGUCUAUUAGACAGUAGCCCACAGUCCACAAAGUUAUGCUUUCUUGUAGUUACCUCCAAAUGUCCACCUAGAGUGGAAAACUGAUCCGGAUUUCAAACAUCAACAGAAAACAAUUGAUUUGGGGAGUACCCAUAACAUGCAUUUCUUAGUAGUGGUGGUGCAAAGACUAAAAUAAAUGCAAAACACAGAUACAAUAAGUGCUGGUUCCCUCUCACUAUCCAGAAAUAUCGAUGAAUGUCUGUUAGUUAUUCUGUGGCCGAACUCUGUGAUAUUAAUUUGAUAUUAAUUUGGGAAAUAUCAAUGAGUGUUUGUCAAGUAUCCCUUAGUAAUUCACACUUAGGAAUCCAGAUGCUUAUCAGGGCCAGGACUGGCAAAAACCCAGUUUAGUAGAUAAAAUAAAUUAGGUCCAGGCAAUCAGGAUUGCUGCAGGAAGGCAGGUUUAUUGAGACAAAAAGUGCAACGUUUCAGUCUACACAGCGGCUUAUUGAGGGCUCUGUAUAGGCCGAAACUUUGCACUUUGUUCCAAUAAACCUGCCUUCCUGCAGCAAUCCCGAGUGCCUAGACCUAAUUUAUUUUGUCAAGUGUCCUGUGACAUUUACGUGGGAUGUCAGAUUCGAGCAAGCAGUUGUCCAGAACCACCAACAUUCUGAGUAAUAUUGAUGACACCAUUACAACACAUUUAGAUAACCCCUGAGGGCAUGACCAACUGUGGUUUUUGAUGACUUAAAUGAAAAUUAUCAAACUGUAUCAAGGAAAAUCAUGGUUAUUUACAAAAGUGAGAAUUGUUGGGAAUUCAAAUUGGAUUGCAAGUUUAAGGCCAAAGUAGUUAAACUGGAAGCAUAACCGACUUGGAGAAUGUUUCCAGCUUGGCUACUUUGGCUUUAGAUAUAGAUUUUAAAGGGAUUCUCAAAGGAACAUGACCACUUCAGUGAUUUUAAGAGAUCAUGGUGCCUGAAGUAUGUAUGUGCAGCAUUUAGCUUAGUAAUAUGAACAGAGCUUAAACCCUCUACUGCCAAAGGUGUAUCUCCACGUCAGGCAGCGUCAUCAGGUGUAAUUAGCCAGUCUAGUGCUUCCAUUGCACAGAAUAGCAUUCAUUGGCUGAGAGCGAUCAGCUGAUACUCUUAGUCAACGAAUGUUAAUGGCGGGGGCUUUUGUGGCUCUGAAGAAGCCAGGAGCACAUCACUGGACCACCAGGGAGCAUCGGAGCCUGUCGGGGAUCCAAGUAAGGAGCAAACUGUUGCUAGAUGGUUUGCCCCAUUACCAAGGAAGGAGUCCUGGAUGCUACAGGCACUACACAGCUGUAGUGGUUAUGGUACUUGGAGUAACCCUUUAGGUUUGAAAUUCAGUUUGAAUAUCCCAACUAAUCCGACUUUAGAAAUGACCUGUGAAAGUACUAUUACAUGCGUUGUGAAUAUAGACGUGAAAUGAGGUCUUAAUUUCUAACAGAGUCCGCACAGUGUAACCGGCUGAUAUAGACAAUUGCAAUACACAGCCAUUUAGUACCGUUCUAACCCAAUCAGUCCUACUAUGAGCUGCUGCAUACAUUGAAGUGGUACUGUCUUCAGAAAAAUGUUAUUUGCACUAACAAAUUUAAACCAACCUAAAUUUCAUGUGGGCACCUUGAGAAUUUUAGGUCAUCAUUCAGGUCAAAUAAUACAAGUAUUAUUCACAAAAGUGCAAAAUUGUGGCAAUUCAAAGUAAACUGUCCAAUAUAUUGACAAGGGCCCAGGAGCAUAAAUUUGCUUGGUCCCAUGCACCAACCCUAUCUGAAGAAUAAAGGGCGAGCCCCAAAUCAGUAACCUACUUAGGACACUGUGGGAUCUUUAUCCUUUUUUGAAUAGAUCUCUAAGAGCGGCAGAAAUUAAUUGAGAUCAAAAAAUUAACUCUAGAUUUAAAUAUCAUUUAUAUUGACUGUAAAGACUCCUUUUACAUGCCAAUCACAUGCCCCUUUUAUAUUAAUAAAGAUAAUGUUCACCUCAGGAACUGUGACAAUUGGCAGUUAAAUCAUAAUAGAUGAUGUCAUGCUGUGAUGUCAUAGAUAUAACUGCUGCUGUAACUGGUGGAAAAUUCUGUUAGCUGACAGUUAUGACUGAUGCUCUUAUCAAACCAUCUCAAUGGCAUAGAGAUCAAUGUAUCACUUGGAUGUGCCUGAAGACUUGAAACUUGAAUCUUGACUACCCUCAAUCUGAUGUCAACAAUGGACGUUCCAAACGGGGGCGUGAUAUUUUACAUAGAUACUCAUAUACCUAUUAUCAACGAUUAGUGCUUCUACAGGGAGAAUUUGAUGCAUGAAUUUGAUGCAUUGCACGCUGCGUUGGGUAGAUUGCAAAUAGGGAAGGGUGCAAUUUGUCUAGUGUACGUGUUUUUUCCAGGUAUCAUCUAGCAAUUUCUGUUUAAUCUGCUUUAGUAAUCCGUCUAUGUAUCUCUGUCUUACUGUGUAUGUUUGUCUCUGUCUAUAUAGAGGUAUUCACCUCUUAAUUCCCAGAGGAAUGGGCAGUCCAGAGGUUUCCUUCACAGGGAGUUUUAGUAUUUUUAAGUACUGAAGGAUGUCUCUUUGUGAGUCCACAUUUGUACUAAUAUCCAAGAUUUUAAGAUAUAUCUUGGCACCUAUGUUCUUAAUUUCCCUAUUAGCGAUGUCAAAUUUAUAUUAAUACUGUUUUGUUUUUUUUCAUUCUUUAUUUUUGCAUUGUGCUUAUGUUUACAAACAUGUUUGCUCUGCCACAACAGCAGGAGCCCAAAUUAUUCAAGCAGUUCAAGUAAUAUAACAUUAUGGCAUUUGAGGUUUGUGCACAUUUUUGAUUUUUGGUAUCAGGCAAUAGGUGAGAAUCUGUAUGUCAGAGGAGCGGUUUAUAGCAAGAACAGUGUUAUUUUUCAAGAUUGCCAGGUGUGGGAUUUGGGGUGUUCGUGUGAUAUUGUGCAAGAAGGUCAAUUUUUGGGGGUAAUCUGGAGAGCUGUAUGGUAGUUGUGUUCAAGUGUAUUGUGUCACCGGGCUUGUAGUGGUUCGCCAUUGACAUAGAAUGGUAUAGCAUUGCGCAAGCUGACUUAUAGGGCGGGUCAUGUGUCAAGAUGUCCAGGUCAGGCUUUGGGUGAUCAAGUGAUGGGUCUUUGGUGGACUUGGCAUCCAUAUGUCUAGUGGCCAGGGUUCCCCAGAGGGUGGUUUGCCCCUAACCUAGGGGGUGGCGGCGGGGAGGGAGGGGAACUGUAAGGUUCCUGCCUCUCCGACAGGUGUGUAGAGCCACCAUCAUGUGUUGGUCUUCCGGGAGUCAUUGUUUUCAUGUAGAUUGUCAGGUGUAUGAAGCAUAGUAACGUAUGCUGAACUAGAAAUUAGUAAUACAGUAGCUAUAAACAUAUGAAACAUUUCUAAAUGAAAAUUUCUAAAAGAAAAAUCAAAAAGUCAUUUGUGGCUGGAGCAGUCGUUCGCGCUGCCCUUCCCCAGGAAUUGUGUGUGGAUUGUGAGAGCCCUCUCUCGCCUUUGCCAGUCAGGUGGCCUGGUCUGACAGUUUCAUGGUUCGCGGGGUGAAUGGUACUGUAUUGUCCAGGUCCCAUCUCUGUGCAGGGAUUCUUGCAGUGCUGUUCCUUUCUGGUAAUCCCAGCUUGGUGAGUACUGCAGGGACUUUGUUGGGCAUGGAGACCCUAUGUGUAGUCCCAUUGUAGGUGAUCAGCAGGGAUCUAGGUUCGCCCCAGCGAUAUGGCACCCCUGUGGUGCACAAUUGGCCUGUAAGGUGGGUCAGAGAUCAGCACCACUGGAGUGUGGCUCUAGUUAGGUCCUGGAAAAAUAGCAGCUGUGCGUUUUCAAAGUCCAAGGGGGUUUUACCCCGUAUUGCCGACAUGAUGUUGGAUUUGUCCUGUGAGGUGGCGCAGGGUAGGAUGACAUCCCUGGGGGUUGUGUUUGGCAUGGUGGCUGAGGGUGGGAGCCUGUAGAGCCCAUCAAGGAGUGUUUUUCUGGCUGCCGAUGGUGGUAGGAUGGUGGCCAGGAACCUUCUCACAUAGUGAGGUAGUUCAUCUGGUGUGAUGUCAGAGGGUAAGCCACGUAUUUUAACGUGGUUGUGACGGGCACGAUCUUCAUGGACUGACAUUUGUAGGGAGAGUCCCUGCUGGUGGUCUAUAUUUGUUGUAUCACUUCUUUUACUUGUGUUAUGUCAGUUUGGAUGUUCAUGAUGCUCUCCUCAGUCACCCGUACCCAUUCUGUUACAUUUUGUAAGUCCCCUUUAAGCAAGCCCACAUGCGUGGCCAGCAUCUUCUUGAUGUCUUGUACCCAAUUGUGGAGGUCCUGUUUAGCCAGUGUGUAGUCAGGUGGUGCCUGUGGUGGUGUCAGGGUGUACUUACUAUCAGCCUCCGUUUGCACAGGCGUUUGGGAUGCAGCGCGGGACGUUGUCGGGGUUUGUGGAGCCCCCGCGGCCAUUUUGGAGUGCGUCUGUUUCUGCAGUAAGAUCCCGAUGUCGGCCUGCUUCGCUGGAUUGGCGGGCUGUGUUUUCUGCGUACGUCUCCUCAUUUUCACUGGGGUCGUGCCUUGGGUCUGCAGAGGGCUGCUUGCUGGGUCAGGUUUACCUCUGCUAUACACUCCGUCUAGGAAAUACUCGAGCCCGGAGAUGGUCGGCGAGGGAUAGGCCUUAGGCCUCCGUUUCACCUUGCCAGAUCUCGGGGUUUGAAAAAAAGGCAUCAAUGUGUGCGCUCCACCAUCCCGAUGCUGAUUUCAAGGUAGGUUUGUCAAUCGGUCAGUCCCUUCUCAGGAUGUUUGCGGAUUACUCUCAGGAGUUUUGGGAGCUGGAAGAAAUGGUGACUACUCCGUUUCAGGUUCAGGCUCCGCCUCUAAUUAAUACUGUUAAAUACACUUAAUAACUAUAACAAUAAUUUAUGUCUUUGUCUGAUGGUGGUUUUCAUCCAUUAAUAAUUGGUAAAAAAAAUUGUUUUGAUCAGGAGAGAGUGGGACCGGCUCUGAUAUGAGUAGAGCAACCAUUAUGAAUUGUUGGUACAUUGUUUUAAUUAAAGUAGGGUAUGUGGUUACAUACUGAUGCUACAAUGAUCGAAUUGUUAUUAAAAAUGAGGAAGGUGUAUGGCAUUCCCAGUGAUCCCAAUUUAGGAAUCGUGAUUAACAGUUAAUACAUUUAAAAGAAGAUGGAAAACACUGGUUAAAGGACCAAACUUCUGGAAUAAAAGGGAAUCAUGACAUGUCACACAUGUCACGUGUCCUUAAGGGAUUAAAGGGAUGCUAUUUGCACCAAAAUAACUUUAACUUAAUGAAGCAGUUUUGGUAUAUGCCUUAGAUAUUUUUAUCUCCUGCUCUGUGAAUUCAACUUUAGUCACACACAGGAGGCUCCUGCAGGAUCUAUAAGGCUCUUAACAGAGCAGUAGAUAAGAAAUUGUACAUUAAAAAGAAUGUGAAAUAGGGGCGUGAUGACGUGGUGAUGCAUGUGCCAUAAGGAGGGGUGUAACUGACGGAGUGGAGUGGAAUUGCCUGAGGUGAAGUUGGCGGCUGAAUAAGCGUGGCAACAAAGCUAACCAGAAGACUGAGUGUUCUCCGUAAACAAGGCCGAACGCCAAACGUUUACAAUUUAGUGUGUGCUCGAGUGGAACUGGGGAAAGAGAACAAAGGAGGCGCUGGUGUUGGUGAGAAGUUUACUUCAUCUCUGAAAAAUAAAAAACUUACUCGUCUGGCGAACGUGGUGAAUAAACCGUGGAGACCUUGUGGCUGGAGUUGUGGGCUGUAACAACUAAACCUGCACUCAGGGGGAAAAAGAAUGACAGACAUCCGGCAGCAAAAUCGUAAGUCGACUGUUAUAUGCAUAAUACUGGAGACUGUAAAGUCCUAAAGUCUUAAAGGACUGAAAGUCCAAGUGAGACAAAACGCCAAAGUAUGAAAGUUUGAAUUGGUGCAGAAUUUGCUGGGAUCUACUGUAAAUUAGAAAGUCUACUCUUCUAUUCUCCUAUACUUUUUUUUUUUCAAGACUUUGGUCAAAUAAAGGCGCUCUAACUGCAAUACUGUGGGUCUGUGUAUAAACCAGGAAGUUUCUACCUUUAGCACUAAGUAUCUAAAUAAUCUUAAAAUAAAAAAAAAUUAAAAAAAAGAAGAAAAGAAAAGACAAAUUCCAGGCUUCACCAAGAUAUUUACAUAAUAGGCUGUUUGCCAAAGCUUUGGGAUAAAUUGACAAAGAGAUCGCUGGUUAGAAUAAAUCGAGAUAAGUGGCAAAUUCAAAAUCAAUAAUGGCCACAAAAAAAUCACAAGAACCCAAAACUUCAGCAAAAAAAACAUAAAAAAGAACAGAAUCUAUAUAAAAGCCUCACAACGUAUUUCUUACCACAAAACCAAAGAGAAACGUCCAAUAGAUCCACAUAGGAGAUUCCAUUGCAAAUUUUGACAACUCAUUUCUGUAUAUGAGAAAUUAAAAACUCAUGGUUACGGUAGAUCUACUAAACGCAAGUUUGCAAAACAUGCUGGAAAUCUCUACAAAUAAAACAAUGAAGCAAAAAUGAAAUAAAUCAGUUAUCAAUUAAUCGAUUUCCAAGUCAAUAAAUUGGAAGAAGAAAAUUUGAAAAUAUUAUCAAAAAUAUCUACAUUAGAUCUUAAGAUUAAUGAUUUGGAAGAUCGUUUAAGAAGGAAAAAUUUAAGAUUCCGAAACUUUGAGGAAUCUACUAAUUAAGAAGAUCUGAGACACAUCUUAAAUUAAUAUUUUGCCACCUUAGGCCUUUCACUAAAUGGUCAAGAAGAAAGAAUUGAAAGGUGUCAUAGGAUGAGUAAACCUCAAAAUAUUCCAUCAAAUUUACCUAGAGAUAUCAUCGUCUGUUUCUACUCCUAUGAAUUUAAAGAAAAAAUACUAAAAGCUUUCAGAAAAAUAUUAAUCUUAAUUAGGACGCUAUCUAAAAUUAAUAGUUCUGCCGGACUUGUUAUACAAUACACGUAUGAAAAGAAGGACUUUCGCACCCGCAAUCCAAAUCCUCAGGAAAUAUAAUAUAAAAUUUAGAUGGAGUUUUCCACUCAAGAUGACGAUUACCCAUGAAGGCCAGGUUAAAACAUUUAAAACAAAUGAAAAGAUGAGAGAAUGGCUAAGUAAUAAGAAACUAGUCCAAAGAUUUAAGGUGAAAAGCAAAUAGGGGAUGGUUAGAGGGAUAAGGAGGAUUAUUUAAGUAUAUAUUAUUAACCACUUAGUAGAACAUUUAAUGGUGAUGGGUAAAAUUACAAGACAAAGUGGAAGGGGAAUGGGGGGAGGAAGAGCGAAAGAAGAGAAAGGGAAAAGAGAAAAUUUUACGAUGAAAUACAAAUUCACAAUAAAUAGCAUAACUCCUCUUUGAGUUCACUAUAGGUAAUAUGACUAAUAAAAUAGGAUGAAAUGGGAGGAGGGAGAGGAGAGAGGGAGGGAAAAGAAAAGAGAAGGAAAAUUUGUGAUUAAAGAAAUGUAAAACUCAUCACUUUCACUUAUCGCAUUUAUAGAACACAUUAAAAUAUUAAAAACAAAGAACUUCUAGGGAAAAUAAAUAGGAAGAAUUUUAACGAGAAACAAGGGACAAAUAUAUUUAGUUUUAUUUAUUUUAAUUUAUUUGCUCUCUUUUCCUUUGAUGGGAUAUUUGAGAAGGUAAAGACCAAAGACAGAGAGAGGGAAAAGCAAAAGAAUGGACACGGAGGACACAAAAAAAAUUAAUGAUUCACACUAAAGUUUACUUAAUUUGAAAUAAAUAGGAAAUCCUUUGUUUAAGGUCACUAUAGAAAGUAAAAUAGUUAAACAUAUAAAUAAUGAAAACUUGAAAAGAAACACUUAUAGCACGUUAAGAUAUUUUUUUUAAGAUGUGAGGAGGAGGGAUAAGUGGAGAAAUGGUUUUAUUUAUUUUUUCUCCUCCCUCUGUUUGUUUAUUUAUUUAUUUAUUUGUCUUGAUGAUUUUAAGGCUAGGAUUUACUCCAAAGACAAAUAAUAUAUCCACUCCAAACAGUACACCCCGCGUUGUGUGGUACUACUACACAGUUUGUCGAGUAGCUCUAUGAGCUACAGAGAAAAUUAUGGAAUAAAAUUCCUAAAAUUGUAUGUGUUAUAUGUAAAUGGAGAUAAAGAGGGCAGAUCUCCAGUAUUUGUUAGAUGCCGUUAUAUAUGUUUGUUUUGUGAUCAGACCAGGAGCUCAAUUAUUUGUAAAUGUUUAUGUUAUCAAUGCUUAAGUUAAUGUCAAUAAAUGCACAGGGCCUAAUACACCAGCAACAAGGCGCAUGAUAUAUAACUCCUUUAUUAUUGAACAAAUUCAAAUAGGUUUCAUACAAGAAACACAUUGGCAGCUAACUACACCCCAGAAAUGGGGAGGAAAUAAGUUCAUGACAAUUUUACAAGCAUCAUUGGAAAAAAAAUUAAAAAGAGGUGUAGCUAUUAUCAUUUCAAGUAAAUUAAAAGUAGAUAUAAUUUAUCAAGAUGCUGAUCCAGAAGCUAGGUAUUUAAUAUAUAUCCAUUAUGUAAAGAUUAUAUUAAUUUAUCUAAAGUACAUGGAUCCUAUUCUAGAAUAGACAUGUGUUUAGUCAAAACUAAUUCUAUUCCCCUUAUAAAUAAAAUUAAAAUCAAAGACAAUCUCUGGUCAGACCACAGUUUUGUUUUAAUUGAAUUGGGAAAAUAUUAGAUCUUAGAUCCAUGGUAUUAAUACACGGAGAUUGGAUGUCUCUUUAAUUAAAAACGAAGAAAAUAAGGAAGAAUUAUUAAAAUUACCCAUGAGAAAAUAGGAGAAAAAAAUUAAUGAUUUUUAUAGUAAACUAUACAACCUAGGACGAAAACCCAAAUGAGAGUGAUAUACAAAAUGAUUUAACAAAAACAAACAUCCCAAAGCUAUCAAAUAUCUGGAAUUAUUAAAUACACAUUUUACACAUUUUACCUGGAACCCUACUACUUCCCACCUUUUAUAUUCUCAGUUUUUUGAAGAUCUGUACACACUUAUGACAUCAAAGCCCUCUGUAGCCAAUCACAAGCCACUUUAGGGUUGUCCUUAUUUGCUUUCACUGUCAUGGUUUUUGAUUACCCAAGACUGUUACUAUUUUUGGGUUAGUAAUGGUAGCUUCUUAGUUAUUAUACCAUAAUCUUACCCUUAUCUUUAACCCUACAAUACCUUUAACCCUAAAAGAGCAUUAAUCCUUACUCAGCAGUAACCCUUACUCUAAACCUACACGAACCCUAACCUUACAAUAACGCAAUCUCUACCAUUACACUAGCUGUAACCCUAGUCUAUUCUUACACCUAAACCUAACUCAGUUUUAGUCAUAACCCCACAACGAAUCUCAACCCUAACCUUAAAGUAAUCCACUACUAAUAUCAAUUCUGACAUUAAAAAUGGGUUUUACUACUAUUUAUCUAGAUUGUAAGUUCAUUUGAGCAGGGUCCUCAUUGAGCAGGGUCCUCAUCAACCUAUUGUUCCGUUAACAUUUUGUAAUUCUCUCAGUUAUUGCUAAAUAUCCACCUUUAUAAUAUUGUAAACUGCUGCAGAAUAAAUUGGCACUAUAUAAAUACCAAUAACAAUAACACAGCAGAUAGUGGGAUUUUGCCACCAUCUACUAGCCAUUUUCAGAAUUACACUUGUAAUUUAGUGCAAUUCUGAAUGGUGCCUAUUUCCCAGCCAGUUAUACAAAGAUCAAUAGUGGACAGCUGACAAAGCCAGGCACCUGUCACAAUUGGCUAGAGAAAGGCUGGGAGACCCUGAAAAUAUGAUUCAUCAGACCAGGCAGCCUUCUACCAUUGCUCCAUGGUCCAGUUCUGUUGCUCAUGUCCCUAUUUGAAGGCACUUUUGUAAUUGUACAGGAGUCAUCAUGGGCACUCUGAUCAGUCUGCAGCUACGCAGGCCUAUAUGCAGUAAACUGUGAUGCACUUUGAGUUCUGACUCACACAGCCAGCAUGAAAAAGUAUUUCAUUUUCAAUCAGAUGUUUAUUUGCUUUAGAUAUUUUUAUCUCCUGCUCUGUAACUUGAACUUUCAUCACACUGGAGGCUGUUGUGGGGUCUAGAAGGCUAUUAAUAGAGCAGGAGAUAGAAAAUUCUAAAUUAAAAAGAAUAUGCAAUAAAGGAAGUUUAAACAUUAUAUCUCUCUAUACAGGAAGUGUUUUGAAAGAAAGGGUAUGAAAGUCACAUGCAUAGAGGUGUGACUAGGGCUGUAUAAACAAAUGUAUUUCACUCCUAAUUGGCAGAGAAUUGUGAGACUGCAGGGGCCUGAUCUGUACACCAAAACGGCUUCAUUAAGCCAAAAUUGUCUUGGUGCCUAUAGUGUACUCAUUCUGGGAAGUGGCUGUUCCUCUUUAAGAUCUUUGAGUCUAAUAAUUUCUACUAAAAUGUCAAUGUGAAUACAUUUAAAGUAGGUUAAUACAGCAGGAGUUAAUGCAUUAACAAAUCCACUUGGAUGCCAGAUAAACAUUAGUUUGUGGUUGUGGUAAAAUCAUUUUAUCCAUAUGAUCUCAUUGCAAUAUAGUUAUAAUAGAUGCUCUUCAAAGCAGGGCUCACAAUGCAAUUUGUAAACUAGAAAACAAGGGAAAUCAAUGGCGGUUUUCUUGUCAAGGUCCUUUAAAUAUUGGUAUUCAAUUUAAUUACUACCGCAUAUUGUAUCAAAAUAUUUCUUAAAUAGGAUGCCCAACAAUUAAACAGCCAUCAAGUUGACCUUUUUAGCUCCCUAAAUGAUCAGCCAUCAUACCCUUAUCAAUCACUAAUUUGCUAGUCAUCAAUUCCCCUUAUGCAACUCUUUAACUCACGAUUAUCGGUUUGCUUCAUUAGAAGAUUUCCAAAAUACAGAUGUGGCCAUCACAAAUAAUAAUUAACAACAGUUUAAAAGUGCUUAAUUCACAAACAGUAGUAUUCACUCAAGUCAGAAUGACCCCAUGGGGAAAACCAUCCGGCUGCAUAUGGGUCAAUUCGGACUACAGAAUCCAGACAUUGUUUACGUUAUUUACCAAAGUCUGGAUAGUGGAAAAUUUAUUCAUACUUACCGUAAUUUUCUUUUCCUGGCUAUUAUUCAUGGCAGCAUAUACACAUGGGUUAGCUCCUACCCUUACAGCCAAUAGGACAGGAUUAAACAAAUUCUUAUAAAAGGAGGAUCCAGAGAAGAGACCUUCAGUCAGUAACAAGCACUUACAGAAGAAUUAGACCCAUAAGGGUGGGCCGUAUAUGCUGCCAUGAAUAAUAGCCAGGAAAAGAAAAUUACGGUAAGUAUGAAUACAUUUUCCACUUUCCUGGCUAAUCAUGGCAGCAUAUACGCAUGGGAUGUGUAUACAGAAGCUCAUAUGGAGGGAAACAAGAGACAUAAUGGAUGCAAAAAUCUUUUAAUGAAGAUAAACAUAAAUAUACAUAUUACGAGCGUCGAGAGGAGCGAACUGAAUUAAGGACUUGAUGACCAAAAUGAGAGUCCACUGUAUCUCUAAUAUCCAUCUCAUAAUGGCGGAUGAAAGUGUUAACUGAAGACCAAGUGCCAGCUUUACAAAUCUCAUCUGGAGAAGCAUUUGCCACCGAAGCCCAAGAUGCUGCGAUAGCCCGAGUAGAGUGAGCUCUGACACCAGUAGGAACCGGCAGUGAUAAGUACUUAUAAGAACUUGAGAUGGCCAAUACCACCCAUUGUCUCAAUGCAGAGGUAGAGGCAGCUUCACCCCGCCUGUGGCCAAUAGGCAAUACAAAUAGUCUGGAUGAUCUGCGAAAGGGGCUGGUCUUCUCCAGGUAGAUAGAUAAUGCUCGAACCACAUCCAGCGUGUGCCAAACUUCUUCUUCAGGAGAAGAGGGAUUUGGAUAGAAGGAUGGUAGAACAAUUUCCUGGUUCAAGUGGAACUUACCACUUUAGGUAGAAAUUCCGGGACUGGUUUGAGGACUAACCAGUCCUGAAGUAUCCUUGUAUAAGGUGCUUCGCAUAUCCGUCGUGCAGAAGUAACUGCUACCAACAGGAGUACCUUUUGAGUAAGUACCAUCAGAGGAGCCUGGUCAAGUAGUUCAAAGGGAGAUCUAGUCAUGGCUUUCAAGACCAGAGGUAGGUCCCAUGCCGGCAGAAAUACCAUCCGAGGAGGCCGGAUCUUUAUCGCCGCUUUAAGGAAACGGAUGACCAAUGGUUCUAGAGCCCAUCGAGUACCUGACAAAGCGGAUAGAGCUGAUACCUGGAGCUUCAGAGUGUUGUAAUUAAAGCCUUUGUCCAGGCCAGCCUGAAGGAAACAGAGCACAGAAGAUAAGGCCAAAGGUUUAAUCACCACCUGAUGUUCUUGUGCCCAGCAAACAAAGGCAUGCCAAAUCCUAUAAUAUGUGUAGGAAGUGGAUAUCUUACGAGACCUCAGGAGAGUUUUAAUGACCGCGUCAGGCAUGCCAGCAUUCAUCAGAGCUUCCCGCUCAAUCUCCAAGCCCACAACUUGAGGGUUAGGGGGUUUGGGUGUAGCAGCGGGACGGCUGCCCUGGGAUUGUAAAUCUGCCUGGACCAGGGGUUCCCUCUGAGGUUCCCUACUCAUCCGUCUCGCCAUAGGGCACCAAGGUCCACAGGGCCAGAAUGGGAGGAUGGCAAUGACCUCUACCUUCUGAAUCUUCUUCAGAGUUGGGUAUAUGAGAAGUAUAGGAGGGAACACAUAUGCCAGAGUGAACCUCCAAGGUUGGGAUAGAGCAUCCUGACCCCUGGCUCUGUGAUCGACCAGUCUCGAGAAGAAGGCUUUGACCUGGGUCUAUCUGUUGGGGACCUGUUGCCAUGAGGUCUAUCUGUGGGGUUCCCCAGAUCAAAGACAGCUCCUGAAAUACUUUGGGGCUUAGACGCCAUUCGCUUUUGUCUUGUCACACGGCUCAGGUAGUCCGCCAUGGUAUUCUGAACCCCCGGUGUACUGCAGAAAUACCCUGAAUAUUUUUUUGGCACCAACUCAUGAUGGGCUGUAGUUCCUUCAUCAACAGUUGGAUGCGAGUACCGCCUUGAUGAGAGACAUAGGCCACAGCCGCCUGGUUGUCGGACUGGACUCAUAUCCACCUAUUCUUCAGGAUCCCCCUGAAAUGUAUGAGAGCUCUGUGGAUGGCACGUAAUUCCAAAACAUUCACCAGAAGAACCGGCUCCUGUCUGUUCCAUAGACCUUGAGUCAUCUGGUCCUGACAGUGGGCACCCCAACCAUGAGCGUUGGAAUCUGUUGUUAAUAGGACUCAAUUGGGUUCUAUCAAAGGAAAACCUCUUUCCAAAUUCACCCUUCUUAGCCACCAGACCAGGUGCAUUUUUACUAUAGGAGAGAUCUUCAAGGGUUGAUUCCAAUCCAUAACCCGCUGGUUAAACUGGUUCAGGAACGACCUCUGAGGAACUCUGAGAUGCCACUGGGCCCACCUAACUAGUCCUAUAGAAGAGGUCAGAUUGCCCAGAAGUUGCGAGUAUGUCCUUGCUGUUAUCAUACGAAGGUGCAGAAUCUUGUAGACAAAGCUUAAAAUUCUCUGUAUCCUUUCCUGUGAAAGGGAGAUAGAGUUCCGGAGAGUGUCGAAGUUCACCCCCAGAAAUGUAAUCUUCUGGGACGGAAUGAGGCUGCUUUUUUGUAGAUUCACUAACCAGCCAAAUCGAUGAAGUUCUGAUAGCACAAAAUCUCUGUGUAGCACCGCCAUCUGGACGUCUGGUGCUACCAGCAGUAGGUCGUCCAGGUAAUGAAACAGAGAGACUCCCUGAAUCCUCAAUCUUUCUAUAAGAACGACCAAUACCUUUGAAAAGGUUCUGGGUGCUGUGCACAGGCCAAAUGGAAGUGCUCUGAAUUGGAAGUGGUCUUCUCCUAUAGCAAAUCUGAGAAAACGAUGAUGUUCCUUGGCUAUCGGGAUGUGUGUAGGUCAAUAGAUAUGAGUCAAUCUGCCUUCCGGAUAGCUGGAUCUUAUAGACUCCAUCUUGAAUGAUCUGAUUAGUAGUCUCCUGUUGAUCCUCCGCAGGUCCAAAAUAGUUCUCCACUUGUCCUUGUCUUUCUCGACUAAGAACAGAGGUAAAUAGUGACCCAGGAAUCGUUCCUCUUCUGGCACUGAAACGAUGACCCUUUGGGACCUGAGGUUCCGAACAUAAUCUCCCAGAGUUAAUAGGAAGUAGGAGGAAUGAGACAGCGCUAAAAUAACUUAUGGCAGCAACCUUAAAAAGGGAAUCCCUCAAACCCUUUCUAAAACAGGAUAAAGUAAAAACAAUAAAAGGCUGCGCACAUGAAUAAAGUCCAAUAAAAGGAAGAAAAGAGAGAAAGUCCAACUGGUAUAUUCUUACAGGUGUCUUUGGUUGAUGGGGUCUUCUAUUUAUGUGGUGGCUUCACUCGUUAUGAAAAAUAAAAAGAGGGAGAAGGGACAUCCAAUGGUGUAGUAUGUAAAAUUCAGGUAUAGACGUAAAAAUAAUAGUAUAAAACUCACAUUUACCAGAGCUAAUGUCCAGCUCUGGAGUAAAGCGCGUACAGCGGUUUAAUCCCCGCUUGUGGGAUGUAAGCAGGUUCUUCUCCGUGAAUGGUAUCCAAUUCUCGGGAUAAAACAAACAGCCAAUAGUGCUCACUGUAUGGCAAAUAAUAAUAAAAUAAUAAAAGAAAUGUACUUACAAAAUAAGAGCAGACCCACUGCUCUUUGGUGAUAGCUUGGGUGGAUUGAUCCCCACCUACGGAUUUCUUUGGGUACAGGAAACUUCCAGGAAUUUUUAGGUUUGUUUUAAAACCAAUAAAAUAAUAAAAUUAACAGUAAAAAGGCCAGGGUAAAAAAGAAAGAUAUGUAUCUAUAAAAAAGAUAAUUGGCACAAGCAAAUGACCAAAAAUACUUUAAUAUAUAAAAAACACAAUAUUCAAAUAUCCAUAACGCGUUUCGUCAAGAAAGACUUUAUCAAAUGGAAUAACAUUUACUACCUGGCACAUAAGGGUUAUAUAAGACACAAAUAAUUUGAAUUUUGGCGCCAAAAAUUAGAGCAACCAAUCAAAACACACAAAUAAUAAGCAGGCUCAAAACUUUAAAAUGAAUAUACUAUACAACAUACUAAAGUGUCCUGACAUAUUUAAAAUCUAUUAAGAAUAAAAACGAGGGGGGGAAAGUAUAAAAAUUAGAGAUUUAAAACGGUCACGUGAUUUUCGGCACUUCCGCGUACCGGAAGUGCCGAACGGCAGCAUGGGGUAUGUAGUUUAUGGCCGCAAGUGGCGGCCGAGGGACCAAAUAAGGAGGGGAAUGAGGGUAUGAGCUGUAAGGGGUUGGAAGUGAAAACAGGGGGUGGAGAAUUUUUUAAAAAAAGGUCAGUUUAAUUUUCGGCACUUCCGCGUACCGGAAGUGCCGAACGGCAACAUGGGAUAUGUAGUAUAUGGCCGCAAAUGGCGGCCAAGAGACCAAAUAAGGAGGGGAAUAGGAAUAUAAGCUAUUAAGGGUACGGGCAUAUUGGGAAGGUAUGAAAACAGCCAUAUUGAGAAUGGCAAAAUAGAGGAUACACUUGUUAAUAGGAAAAGUGUAUUAAAAUGAAUAAACCAAUUUAAAAAAAAAAAAGAGACAGUUAUUAAAAAUUAAUAACAAUAAAAAAGAUAUAAAAGUAACAAUGUUGACAAUAUUAGAUAAAACAGCAGAAUUAAAACAAAUUAAAGGCAUAUACACAAAUAUUCAUAAAAGAUAUUUCAUAAAAUAUUAUGUAAAUCGAAAUCUGCAUUUAGACCAUGGGGUAUAAGGGUCUUAAGGUUAUACACCCACUCCAUUUCAAUUUUUCCAAGUUCCUUUUUUAUAUCUCCUCCACGCCAUGAGGUAGAACAUUUUUUUAUACCAAUACAUUUUAAUAAACGAGGAUCUUUAUUGUGCUUGAUAAAAUGUUUGGAUACUGUAUGAUUUAGGUAUCCAUUUCUAAUAUUUCUGCAAUGUUCGCUCAGUCUUAUCUUUAGGCACCUUGUGGUCAUCCCCACAUAUUGGAGGCCACAUGGGCACUCGAGCAGAUAAAUAACAUUUUUGGUAUGGCAGCUUAUAAAAUCAUAAAUAUCAUACACUUUUUUGGUUUGAUUUGACAUAAAUUUUGUAGUUUUUGAUGGAAUAACACGGUCCACAGUUUUACAUACGAUGCAUUGGUUGCAUCUAAAAAAACCUUUUGUCUGAGGAAAGAAUGAUACAUUUUUUAAAGGAGAUUUUUUGUAAAAUUUCUAGUUAAAAUAGAUUUAAAAUUCGGUGCUCCUCUAAAAACAAUGUUUGGAUGAGUAGGUAUAAUGGAAUUAAGUAUCUCAUCAUGUUUGAGUAUGUGCCAAUGUUUUCUUAUUAUUUUUUUGACAUUGUUGCUUUUGUUAUUAAAAUUAAAAAUAACUGGAAGUGAUACAGUUUCAUUAUUUUCUUUAUUUUUAUAUAUCAAAAGUUAUUUUCGUUCUUUUUGUUUGACUGUAUUAAUUGUGGUAUUCAGAUCCGGUUCUGAAUAAUUUUUUUCAAUAAAUUUAUUUUUUAAAAACUCUGCUUGUUCAUUAAAAUCUGUGAGUUCUGAGCAAUUUCUGCGAAGGCGUAAAAACUGACUUUUUGGGGCGCUUUCUAGCCAUGGCUUAUAGUGACAACUAGAUCUAUCUAUGGCCGUGUUUACACAUACUUUUUUGAAAAAAGUUUUUGUUUGGAGUUGUCCGAUAAAAAUAUUCAAGUCUAAAAAGUUAAUGGAUUGUUUACUGAAUUCGUAUGUGAGAAUAAUGCCCCUAUUAUUAGUAUUUAGAUAAUUGAUAAAAUCAAUAAGAUGUUUUUCAGGUCCAUUCCAAAUAAAAAAAAAGGUCAUCAAUAUAUCUAAAAUAGGAGACUAGGUUUGCCCGCCAGGUAUGAUCACCCCAUAUGGCUUCAUUUUCCCAGUCAGCCAUAAACAGGUUAGCGUAACUGGGGGCAAACCUAGUCCCCAUAGCAUUGCCUCUUCUUUGUAAAUAAAAAGAGUCUAAAAACCAGAAAUAAUUGUUAUUUAAAAUAAUGUUGAUACCCUCUAUUAUAAAAUCUAUUUGAGUGUCGGAAAUCCUAGCUUCUUGGGUUAAAAUUUCUUUUUGUUUUUACUUUAUAAUCUCCCAGAGCCCUGCUUCUGCCCUCGUCUUUGGGCAGACCUGUGGGAAUGAAGAAGUUACCCCUGGGUCUUCUAAGGAAUUCUAAUCUGUAACCUCUUUGAAUUAUUGCUUUGACCCAGGCAUCUUGUAUGUCCUGUGCCCAAACCUUCCAGAAGAUGGAAAGUCGAGCACCCACCUCUGACGGAUAGUCAGAAGUAGAGAUGUCGCGAACUGUCCGCCGAACUGUUCGCGAACUGUCCUCCGGCGAACAAUAGCCUGUUCGCGUUGGGGAACAUAUCCGAUUUCCGGUCCGCCCCCUAUACGUCAUCAUUGAGUAAACUUUGACCCGGAACCUCACAGCCAGCAGACACAUUCCACCCAAUCAGCAGCAGACCCUCCCUCCCAGGAAGUGUCUGCUGACUGUGAGGUUCCGGGUCAAAGUUUACUCAAUGAUGACGUAUAUGGGGCGGACCGGAAAUCGGAUAUGUUCGACCGACGCGAACACGCUAUUGUUUGCCGGCGGACAGUUCGCGAACAGUUCGGCGGACAGUUCGCGACAUCUCUAGUCAGAAGUUCUUGCCUCCAGCACGAAAGGAAGGGUUUCUACCUCGGGAAGAACGUGAAGCAUAUGAUUGGCCCCCACAAAAAUUAUUACUCCUGUUGAAUUCUCUACCUGGUCGGUAGCUACGAGCAUCCCGAAAAUAUUGAUCCCUAGGAGGUCGCUUAUCUGACCAAGAGGAGCCUGGUCUCCUGGUUCUUUUCUCUUGGGGUAAAAAGACUCUACGCCCUUCAGCUGCUUUUUUAAUGGAUUCCUCUAGGGUCUUCCCAAAUAGAAGCUCGCCUUCAAAAAGUAUGGAACAUAAAUUGGCCUUGGAGAAGGGGUCCGCACCCCAAUAAUGCAAUCAUAAAGCUCUCCUUGCUGCUACCGAGAGAGCCAUGGUGCGGGAGAAGAUCCUGGUGAUAUCCAGGGCUGCUUGAGCGACAAAUUCAGUAGCUAUCCGAAGAUCACAGAUAGCAUUUCUGAGGUCUGUUCUCUUUAUUCCUCUUUCCACAUCUGUAUCCAGGUCUUUUAUCCAACUUUUCAUGGCUCUGGACACCGCCGUAAGACAAACAACUGGAUGGCAUCGAGUUCCAGGUUCUUUUAAAUAGUACCUGCUAUUCACUAGCCUGUUCCUGGCCUUUUCUGUAAAUUACCUGUCAUUUUCGGGCUUUGCCCAUAGUAAAGAUGAAAGCUGCGACCUCGCGACCAUACCCAGAUGCAUUGCGUAUGUGCGAGCGUCCUCUCCGAGCUCCCGACCUGGGAGAACUGAGGACAAAAUGCAGGAGACCCUAAUUGCAGGUAGGACGACUCCUAGAGGUCUCAGGUACCCCAGGACUGUCCUGGUAUGAAUAAAAAACGGGUAAAAGGGAAAGAAAUAUAGGAAGUAAUUUAAAGUGUAUAGAGUACUUAAAGAGUUAGAGGGAGCUAAAAAGCUCCCUUCCUAAGGGCUCUAAGGAUAGGAAAAAGACUGAGGGUCUCUUCUCUGGAUCCUCCUUUUAUAAGAAUUUGUUAAAUCCUGUCCUAUUGGCUGGAAGGGGAGGAGCUACCCAUGUGUAUAUGCUGCCAUGAUUAGCCAGGAAAUUGCAAUAAAGGCUCCAAAUAUGCCUGAAUGUGGUCAGGAUUUUAAAACCGGGCCCGAUUUAAAACAAAUUCCAAACUAUUUGACCUCUGGCAGCGCUAAGAGCCAGCAGGCAAAUAGUUAAAAACGCUCAUAAGGUUAAUUAUGUAGCAACUGGCCAAAGCUUGCUAGCCAACGGUAAGAUUCUAAAAAAAUAAAUAAAUAAUAAUCUGUUAAUUAGAAACCCUAUGGGGGCCAAUUAGACCCCAAAUGUUAUUGUAAAAAAAGGUUACAACCUUCACUCUCACCUGCCAUGCCUACCAAACAUAUCUACUAAACAUUUAAAACUAGCAACUAGCCUUUGCAGCCCAGUCACUAGAAAAGGUGCAGAUGAAGCCUGUAAAAUAAUGUGGGGAUAUAUACCAUUGUCCAAACCCCAAAUACACAUAGUUGAAUGUCCCCCUUCCUCCCCAGGUGUCCCCAAUUCCAUAGCCACCUCCAAUUAUUAACCCCUUAAAACCGGAGGACGUACAAUUACGCCCUCUAAUAGGCGGCUCUAAACGCCGCCGGGCGUAAUUGUACGCCCUCCGGUUUUUGUUAACUUACCCGUGGGACCGCCGGCGAUCGCGGUUGGGGGGACUCAGAGCCCCCUUUACACCUCAGUCCUCCUGAAGCCCCGGCCAUUGAGAGUGGGGUCCUAGCGAGGACCCCACAAUCACAUGGCCGGGAUAGCUGGCUUCUGUAUUGCCGGCAGGGGGGCUGCCUGUAAUUACAGGUGGUCCCCCUGCUGGCUGAAAAUAAAAAUAAAAUAAGUUAAUGGUGUAAAAAAAAAUUAUAUAUACUUAGAUCAUAUAUAUAUGAUAUAUAUAUGAUCUAAGUAUAUCUCUACUAUAUACAUACACACAUGUACACCGUCUAGGUGUAUUUUACUAUUAAUAUAUAUAUAAUUAUAUAUAUAUAUUAAUAUCAAAUUACACGUAGACUGAUACUGAUUAAAUAUAUAUAUAAUUAUUGUUAUAUAUAUAUUUAUAUAUAAUAUAAAAAAUAAAAAUGUAAAUACGUUAAAAAAUAAAAUUAAAAAUAAAAAUAAAUAAUUAAAAAAUAUAUAGAUGUGUGUUAUUUCGUUCUAACUGUAUUGUGAAAUUUAUAUAUAUAUAUAUAUAUCAAAAUACACAUAGAACGAAAUAAUAUAUAUAUUUAUACACAUAAAUAUAUACGUAUAUAUCACUAUAUAUAUACCUAUAUAUAAAUAAAAAUAUUUUAAAAAAAUUAUAUAGAUAUAUACAUAUAUAUACACAUACGUAUAUAUAUACAUAUAUUGAUUCUACAUAUAUAUUUAUGUAAUAUUUUUACAUAAUUAGGUAUCUUAAUUAAUUACAAUUAGCAGGACCUGCAUGACAACCCAUGCCGAAAGUAAAGGGAAUUUAAUUUGCUAGCACUAUAUUUAACCCUAUAACUUUCCGAGACACCAUAAAACCUGUACAUGGGGGGUACUGUUCUACUCGGGAGACUUCGCUGAACACAAAUAUUAGUGUUUCAAAACAUUAAAAUGUAUUACAACGAUGAUAUUGCCAGUAAAAGUGACGUUUUUUGCAUUUUUCACGCACAAACAGCAUUAAACGGACAAUAUUAUUGCUAUGAUACUUUUUACUGUUUUGAAACACAAAUAUUUGUGUUCAGUGAAGUCUCCGAGUACAACAGUACCCCUCAUGUACAGGUUUUUUGUUUUCAAAAGUUACAGCGUCAAAUAUAAGGCUUGCGUUUCAUUUUUUUCACAUUAAAAUUCGCCAGAUUGGUUACGUUGCCUUUGAGACCCUAUGGUAGCCCAAGAAUGAAAAUUACCCCUAUGAUGGCAUACCAUUUGCAAUAGUAGACAACCCAAGGUAUUGCAAACAGGGUAUGUCCAGUCUUUUUUAGUAGCCACUUAGUCACAAACACUGGCCAAAAUUGGCGUUUUUGCAUUUUUCACACACAAACAAAUACUAACGCUAACUUUGGCCAGUGUUUGUGACCAAAUGGCUACUAAAAAAGACUGGACAUACCCCAUUUGCAAUACCUUGGGUUGUCUACUAUUGCAAAUGGUAUGCCAUUAUGGGUGUAAAUUUCAUUCCUGGGCUACUAUACAGUCUCAAAGGCAACGUAACCAAUCUGGCGAAUUUCAAUUUCAAAUGUAACGUGCUAUAUUUGACCCUGUAACUUCCCAAAACGCCAUAAAACCUGUACAUAGGAGGUACUGUCUUACACGUGAGACUUUACUGAAUAUAAAUAUGUGUAUUUUAUUGCAGUAAAAGCAAACAGUAUUAUGACACUGACCGUUAAAAUAUAAUGUAGAACUAAAAAAAUCCAAAAAAACGUAUUUUCUCCCAUUUUUUUCAUAUUAAAUUAUGUUUCAUAGCUAAAUAUUUGAUAUUAAAUGAAAGCCCUGUUUCCCCUGAAUAAAAUGAUAUAUAAUAAGGGUGGGUGCAUUUACUAUGAAAGAGGUGUAUUACGGUUGGACAGACAUGUAGCGCAAAUGCCAGGUUUUGUUUACAUUUUGUUUUGUUCGCAAUGUGUACAUUUGGCUCCGUCCUUAAGGGGUUAAUAAAUAACUGUACCUUCCCCCACAUCCUAAUAAUAGAGUGAAGGGGCAAUACAACUAAUACCUAUAAAAGAAAAUGCUUACCAUCUGAAGUAUUCUUUCUUCUAACUCUUUUUUACUUUGUACCUAAAAAGGCUCAAUUAAAAUCCAUAAUAAUCAAUGCAACUAAUGAAGGUUAAAACAAAAUAAAAAAAUAACAGAUUCACAAAAAAAUAAAAAAUAAUCAAAAACAUGACAAAAUAUAAUGAAUUCAUCUUAUGAGUUAGAGCAUUCUGAUUGGUUGGCUUGUAAGCACUCUGACAGCCCAGUCUCAAGAGAAGUCAAACACUGAAAAUGUACCAGACAUAUCAGAAUGAUAUGUGUACAGAUGUAGCUACAGAAUUAGGUAUUUUUAUUACAUAGUUACAUAGUUACAUAGCUGAAAAGAGACUUGCGUCCAUCAAGUUCAGCCUUCCUCACAAAUGUUGUUGCUGUUGAUCCAAAAGAAGCCAAAAAACCUGGUCUGAAGCGCUUUUUGACAUCAUAAGCUCUGGUGAAAGCAGAAGGCUAGUUUACUCAACCCUCGCAUUGCAGCAUGAUUAUCAAGCAGAUGGAAGAAGGUGAGUGUGCGAAAGAACAUCCAUCUUAAUCAUAUAUAAAUUUGUGCCUUUGGUUUCAAACUAAUUGCAAUUCUUUGAAUUUGUCGAUCAGUGGGUUGGCAAUAUCUACUUUUAGUCCACAUUUAACGCUGUAUCCUGUGGGCUUGGUUGCUUGUUAUGUAGUAUCCUAGGUUCGUUCCCCUAACAUUUUCCUUUUAUCUUAUAUGGUGCUGAAUUUCUGUUUUUAGUGUGGUCAUAGCCAUGGCCCGUAGUUCAGAAUGGUGGAGAUUCAGCCUUCACCAGACAUGUUUCAGAUGGAGUGGUUAUUGACAUGCUAGAUGAAGGCUGGUUCCUCAGCUUGUUGUCAGUUUGUUCAAACAGUACAUAGGUGUUAGUGCUCCAGAAGUCUCUCUACACCCCAGAGUUUGCAGUCAGCAGUACGGAGAUAUUCUUUUUGUUUUUCCAAGAACUCUGCGGGCACCAUAACAACUUAAGCAGAAUUAAAUUGUUAUGGUUCCAAAAUGUCCCUGGUGCCAGCUUACCUUUAGGACUUAAGCCAUUUGUGAGUGGUUUAACUCAAAAGUCUUCUCUCCUGUGAUGUUUAUCGCUUCUUCUGUCCUUCAAUUUCUCUUAGAUUCCUCAAACAGCCAGCCUUCGACUACCUCAGGCAGGGGUGCUGCUGAUUGGCUGAGAGCUUCAGCUCAUGCUCUAAGUCAGUCAACCUUCGGCAUUGCAGAUGUUGUGGACAUCUUCCAUAAAUGUCUCACAGCCACAAUGAAGAUGUAGUCCACAGUACUCGGGACAUCCUGGUACCAUAACAACUUAAUUAAAAUGAAUGAGUUUCCCAUGAAAUUGAUCUCUUAACAUCUCUAACCAUAAGCAUCUUCUUCAGGUGUACUAGUGCCCCUCUCCCCAUUUAAUUUACACUGCCAUGUUUUAUUACCUUAGAUCUCACAUUGGCUUCCCUCGCCUUGAGUGAUCCACCACCCUGAGACUUUGAGAUAGUCACAUCUCUGGUAAUAGCUGCAUUACCUAAACUGUCAAAAUGCUUCAUGCCAUUGUGCGUCAGAGUGAAACAAAUGAAUGGACAGGCAGCCAAAGAUAGAUAGACAGACGCACUGAUUACAGGUAUUUUUGUUUAAUUUUUGGCUAUACAGUAAAAGGGGUUUGGAGUGCAGCAAGAGCCUAGAAACCAUUAUUUUAUGCCAAAGGAUCUUUGUCUAACGUGCUCUCAACAAGUAUGCUGCACAGGAAUCUGUUCGGAGACAUAUUUCUAUAAUUGCUUUGUCUGGAAACUAUAAUCUUGCAAUUUAGUCUAAUACAUUUCUAGCUACAGCAAUUCAGGGAUUGGGUGCACAGAGAGGCAAAACUGAAUAAUAUAAUCCAAAAGGGUUUAUUAUGAUGGUUUACAGGGAAUAACAUUUGUUCUGCAGUCUUUGCAGUAAAUUGUCAGUGAUUCCAUGUAGAUGCCAUUAGAUUUGCAAGGGUGUGGGCACUAAAGGUUUAACUCACAAGAACAUAAAGGGGAACUGUCAUCUCUAUUAAUCUAUUCAAGCAGCACUGUCACUAUCUGGGGACUUUGUGGAAUUUGCAAAGUCCCCUAAUGGUGAUAUUUCCACUGGUGGUCCGGCGACCGCGGGGGGCUGUUAAAGGUAGAUUUUGCGGCUAGAUAGGAGAACCCAAAACUCUACUCUUCUAAAGAGAUAAUUACCACAUAUUACCGGGCCUUAAAAUGGCCGUGAUUAACUUAAAGAGUAGUCAGAGAGAAAGCCAAGGUCAAGCAUAGGAGAAAACAGCAUAAACGAGAAACAAGCCAAAGUCAGGAACACAGAGAGUGGAGAGACAAAUAAACAAGCCAAAUUCGGUACCAAGAAAUCCAAAAUAUAAAGCGCACUCUUGGUUAAUCAAGAACCACAACAGGGAAACUUGCUACAGAAAGCCCUGUCUUUAUAUAUCCAGGGCACUGGCACUAUUGGUUAGCACCACUUUGGAGCACCUAUAGAUCGAUUCGGCACUUAUAGAGUCGCGCCAACGUCAUACAAAUGGACGCACAAGCACAGGUGCAGCGUGUGACCCGCCAUUGGAUCGAGGAGCUCCGGAACGGGUACGUAUGACUGCAGAUUACUUAACUGAACCUGUCCCUCGUGAUUCUGCCAUCUUGCUUGCACUGCUCCUCUAACUUGUGGCACUUCAGCGCCAGGAGCAAACAUCACUGCUUUGUUACUGCACUAGAAUACAGUAUUGAGGACUAUGGGGAUCCCGCAAGACCACAGGAUCCUCAAUAGACACAGCCUAUUUCUUGCACCUGUCAAUGGUAACCGCUGUCAGGAUUGAUACUUAGACUCCACCUUGAGUCUAAGAAAGUCAGGCAGAGGUGAAAUACGGAGACAAGGGACCUCCAUCUCUACUUGCAUUCAGCCUUUCCUCUGGGAAUAUGCAAGAUGUUGGACGUCCUCAUGCUCUACAAUUAAUGGACUUACACUCUGUGAAACUGCAGGAAGCGCCGCUUUUGGCUGUCUGGUAGACUAGAGGCAGUCUUAAACUGCAGUUUCUAUAUGAUGACUAAUAGAUGCAAAGUACAGCUCGUAUAACAAUGAUUGACAGAGAGCUCAGAAUAAGGCGCCCAAUUUCAUGAUAAAGAGAUUUUGAUUUCUAUAUUUAAUAUUUUUCCUCAUUCACAAAAACAUAUUUGUUAAACGUAAGGAUAAGCAAACAUAAUAUCAGAAAUCCCAGGAAGUGAAUUAUUCCAAAGACCCAAAGAUGACUAAGUUUCUGAUUUCUCCAAUGCCGCAAAUUAUAUCCUAGCUAAUGCUGCCACCACCAGGGCUUUGCAUAGGAGUGACCUUAGGUUUACUUCAAAAAAGAGAUUAAACUCCAAAGGAAAGUCUUAUAAUAAUUAAUCUCUAUUUGUAUUUUUACUUAUAUAACGCCAACAUAUACCACAGGACUCUACAGUCAUAGAAUGAGGGUAACUGCCAACUAGUUGACACACAAAAUAUAAUUAAAGGAACACUAUAGUGUUAGGAAUACAAAGCUGUAUUCCUAACACUUUAGUGUCCAGUGACCCUGUACCCUUCUCCCACUACCCCCCUCCCCCUGCAGCACUCAAAGAGUUCUUGCUUUCAAAUCUCUACAUAAUGCUGCUCCCACCUAUCUAUCCUCCCUUAUACACAAAUAUGUCCCGUCUAGGCCCUUACGAUCUGCUGAAGACUUACAUCUAUCUUCUGUCCGUACUCACACCUCUGAUGCUCACCUUCAAGAUUUCUUGAGGGCUGCACCGUUCCUGUGGAACUCGCUUCCCUCCUCCAUUAGACGCUCACCCAGUCUCCACUCCAUCAAAAAAUCGUUAAAAACCCACUUCUUAAUAAAAGCGUAUCAAUUAAACUGUUAAUAGCUCCCGACUGAUUCCUCUUCUGCAACUGUUAUUAGUCUAAUACUAACCUUACCUUUUUGUGUCAUUUUACCCCACUCCAUCUAGCAUGUAAGCUCAUUGAGCAGGGCCCUCAACCCCUCUGUUCCUGUGUGUCCAACUUGUCUGGUUACAACUACAUGUCUGUUCGUCCACCCAUUGUAAAGCGCUGCGGAAUUUGAUGGUGCUAUAUAUAAAUAACAUAAUAAUAAUUAGAACCGAUUUAAACACUCACCUGAUUCCAGCACCAAGGUCCCUCAGCGCUGCCUCCAUCUCUGCCUCCUCCGGUGUCAACGCAAGGGAGAACCUAAUGUACAUGCGCAGCGAAUGCCAUGCGCACAUAAGGCCUUCCUCAUAGGAAAGCAUUGAAUCAAUGCUUUCUUAUGGGGAUUUAGAAGAUGCUGUACUUCCUCAUGCAAAGCUUGAAGACGUCCAGCGUAAUUUCACGAAGUUAAACUCUGUGAAACAGCAGGAAGAGCCUUUAUUAGCUGUCUGGUAGACAGCCACUAGCGGCAGUCUUAACACUGCAAUAAAAACAUUGCAGCUUCUCUAGAAUUGCAAUGAUUUCACUUUCAGGGUUAACGGGACAGGGACAACAGACCCAGAAUACUUCAAUGAGAUAAAGUGAUCUGUGUACCUAUAGCAGGCCUGCACAACAGGCAACCCCCCAGAUGUUUUAAACUACAACUCCCAUGAUUCUCUUGUUAUCUGUUUCACUCAAAGAAUCAUGGGUGUUGUAGUUCGAAACAUCUGGGGGGCCAUAGGUUGUACAGGCCUGGCCUAUAGUGUCCCUUUAACAGAGACAAGAGGUGAAGAAGGUCUGAUUCAAUCAAGCUUACAAUCUAUCUAUAUACUUGAACGUCAUUAAAUUUAGCAAGAAUUCUUAAGACAAAGGAAAGGUAGGAACGGAUUAAGUUGUAUUUAUUCUGCAAAGAUCAGAAUAUGAAACAAAUGGGUCCAUAUGUGUAUGUAUACUAUAAAAAAAUUAAAGGGACACUAUAGUCAUAGAACAACUACCACUUAAUGUAUUUGUUCUGGUGGAUAGCAUCACUUCCUGCAGCUUUUUUAUGUAAACACUGCCUUUUUAGAGAAAAGGCAGUGUUUAUAUUGCUGCCUAGCAACAUUUUUAGUAGCUGUCAAUCAGACAGUCUCUAGAAAUUCUUCCUUGGACAGUGCUGCACAAUGUACUCUGCGUGGAGGCGCUGAACAUUCCUCUUAAAGAUGCAUUGAUUCAAUGCAUCUCUAGGAGGAGAUGCUGAUUGGCGUUUUUCCGCGCUUGUGCAAUAGCCUCCCAAUGCUUUCCUAUGAGAAAGCAUUGGGUUGGCUAAGGUUGUCAAAUUUAAUGAUCUUAGCCAAGGAGACAAAGCGAGGUUAACACGCGUGUUACUGGAAUAAAGGUGAGUUUUUUUACUUUUUUAAAUGAGAGUAAGGGGGUGCUGGCCACCUAACAUGGACUUUUACACCUAGUAAACAUUUCCUUACACUAUAGUGCUCCUUUAAGUCAAAUGCAAACAGUUUUUACAGAAAAAGCGAAUAAGCAGAAUAGGUGUCAUAAUGGUGUGUCUUCGGGGACUGACAUUAGAGGGCUAAAACUUCAGAUAUUUGGCUCUUUAGACCUCGAUCUCUCUAGGUGACCGGAUACUAGUGCUUUUUCUUUUUAAAUAAUCAAAGCAGAAAAAUGUAUAAUGAAUAACCACUAGUAUUUGUCGUUUGAUGGGCUACUAAGGGAGCAGUCUCCACAGGUGACAACUGGGAGGAGAUCAGGCUGCACCCCGUUUCCACUUGUCCGCUAGUAUGUUGGCAGGAUUUGGUAAAGGCUUGCUGUGAAUGUUUCCUUCUUAGUCUGCAAUGAAGUAAGGGUUUACAAAAUAUAUUAACCGCUUCCAGUACAUGACAAAACUGGAUGUGUGAUUCUACUGUUACAUAGUGUUUCUCAGUUUUCAAAUAGUUGUUUUACUCUGUAUCAAUAUAUUUACUUUCUAACAGGUAUUUAUCACACUUGUGAAAUAAGAUACAUUUUUAGAUUAUAGUAAAUUACAGCAUCCUGACCUAUCCAUACUAUAUAUAUAUAUAUAUUAAACAAAAACACACAUAUACAAAAACACAGCACUUCGGUAACUGCUCAGGUGCUUUUCAAAGAAAGCCAGCACACGUAAAUAAAAAAAUAGUACUUUUACAUACAUGACAAAGAAAAGUAGCAAUUACUUUUUACGUCUCAUGUGAAAAAACACUAAUACAACUACUAAAUACUAAUUUUUAAAAAAAAUGGAAUCUUGAUUCACUUUCCAGUAAGUAUGUGAUGCUUUGAUUUAUGUUCAUGAAUAUUUUACUAUUAAGGUAAUGUUAUAAGUGGACUAAACCCAAAUGCUGCCCAGUGUGUGCCAGAAUGUUUUCUGGGUUGUUUUUGCAGAUCUGUAUUACAAAAUGUUUUUUUCACUCUGUAAGUCUAGAUACCAUGAAACUAAUACCAUUUAUUUAUGCGCAGAAGGAAACGCCUCUUGCCAAUGCUGCUUUUUGGGCUGCGCGGAAAGGAAACCUGGCACUGCUUCAACUGCUGCUGAACAGCGGACGAGUCGAUGUGGACUGCAAAGACAGUGUAUGCCCUUGGUUUGUGCAUGCCAAGAAUUCCUUCUGUCUCUCUGUUUUAGCAGAACCAUGCAGAGGCUUGCAAAUCUGAUCUCUUUUGUUAUUUAUUUAUUUUAAUUUUUUUUUGUUUGUUUAUUUCUUUUUCACUGCAUUAGAGAGACACCCAGUUACUAAAAUUAGUAAAGUUUUGUAUGUAAAGAGGAAUCAAACCUCAUUGGAAUUGGAAAUUUAAAAAAAAAGGGAGACAGCCUUCAUAAAACACUACGGAAAUCCAGCAUUUCUUUGUGAGCCUACAUCAAACCAUGUUUUGCUGUACAAGCAAAAAUAAAAUAUUAUUACUAAGGGGUUUGGGUCCAGCAGAGUGUUUUCUUUUCUUUCAUUUUAAACAGUAAAGCAUAUGAUCUUAAAAAAACGACACCAUCAUGCCCCCAACAGAUUUAUCAAGCAUUCAUUUGUACCUCAUCCUUUUGAUUGCCAUAGCUAUGGCGGACAUAUCAUACAAAAUAGAGAGACCCUACCCAGUAAAAUUCUACUUCUUUAAUUUUAUAUUGAAAGAAUCCAAACAACACAUCAAUCGAUAUCAACAAAUCAAUAUGGAUAUCUAAUUAGAGGCAUAUGAAUUUAACAGUAUUAAAAUAUUCAUUCAUUGUGAUUUCAUGGAUCAUAUAUGAAUGCCAAAUAUAAAUAUUUCCUAAAAAUAUCCAAAUAUAGUGUGCAAAUAUAAGUUAGGCUCCAAAGUAGUGAUAAAACAAAUGCCAGAAAAUGAAUCAAAGAAUAAUGUCUAAAUUUGGAAACACUGUGAUUAAUUAAUUAAUUUUAUGCCUUAGCGUAUGAAUCCUCCAUACCUCCAUAAGUACAUUAAAGCCAUGUCUGACAGUCAGAACACAAAAAGAAUUUGAGAAAAAUCUGGAAAUAAAUGCACACUGGCUCAAUCACAAGGUAUAAAAGGUAAAAUACAAAAUGGAAGUCAAAGACAUUCCGGUCAGACAAGGCAGCCAGCGAAGGUCUAGGAUCCAGAAAUCCCAGUGGGCAGAAUUCACAAUAAAUGUCACAGAUUUACAGAAUAUAGCUCUGAAACAACUUACCACCAUCCAAUCUGUGUUACUGGGAUGUAUGUUUCUAGUACCAGUGAGAUAAUUGGCCCACGAGCUGAGUCCAGGCUGAACAAUUUAGAUCAAAGUAUCUUAAGGAAUGUGUAUAUAAUUUAAAAUAAUUGAAACAGUGAACAUGUGAAUGUAGUAUUGUUCACAAAAAGCAGAUAAUGCACUACAUGGUAGUGUCAUCUGAGUUUAAGGUAAGCAUGGAGGUCUUAUACACGCCUAUCAUCUUGGACCAAGACAAGAAAUUCAUUUUAACUCCUGCUAUUUUCCUGGGCAGUGAGGAAUGAAUAAAUACACUGAUUAGAACAUUCAAUGUGUGAAGCUAACAAAACACACAAACAUAGUUACAAAUAAGCAAAUUCAUAAGCUUUAAUAUGCUUGAUCCAUACCCUAGGUACAUAAAGGGAGGUCUCCGGCCAAAAGGUAAUGAUCCAGCAGUAGAAUGGAGGGCUUCAAAUGUUUUUGCACAUUGAUGCCACAUUUGUAUUACAUGCGCACCUCUGUCACGAAUUAAAGCUUUGACUAAAGACAGGUCGGUGAUUAUAGUACUCUUUUAUAAUAAAGUUCAUUUUUGUAUGGGUUUUUCCUAAUUCUGGCCUCUACAUCUAGUGUAAUACAUUAGGAACUUGUUACGGUCUCUUGGCCACUGCUCCUUGCAUCUGCUCAACUAAUGGUAAUCCCUGUACUGGCAGCAUACUAGUAGGGCUACAUUUGCCAUAUACACCACAUUUUCCUGCACACAUAACUUGUAUAUGCUGAUUGGAAGUAUAUAAACGUGUCCUUCUGCAUUUGUAGUAUCAUAUUAAUAUGUUGCAGGUGAUACAUUAGCUAAACCAAUAGAGUUCAUUUGGAAUUCCCCCUUUGAUUGAUUGAGUACACUUUACAUGGUUUUUAUUUGAUGGCCAUGACUAUGACAAAUGUAUAUAUUAAAGAUGGUGGAUCUGUCUACUCUGGGUAGGGCACCUCUCCUGCAGAAUAAAUUCUUCAUAAUGUGAGAUUUUUUUAAAAUUGUGCUAAUGAUAGACAUGGAGAAGCUUAGUAUUUCUAUAAAGUCAUAACAUUUUUGAACCCUGGCAGUUUCAUUAAAAAAAACAGGUCUGAACGAUUUCCAAUUUUUGCUUGAGUAGAAUGGAGUAAAUUAUGCCGUAUACUUUUCUGGCUCUAUAGAUCAUUCUUUUAUCAUACUGAGCUUGCAUGUCAGCCUCUAAAUGUUCCACGCUCGUUUCAAGAUGAGGAAUUUUAAGUAUUGGAGCAUAACUGGGCAUGAUUUAAGAAACACCUUUUGGAAAGAAAAUGGAGAGAGAAUUCUGGCAUGGGAAAUGUAUUGUGAGUCACACAAUUUUUUUCCUGCCAUGGAAACGUCUCCCAACCCAUCCAAACUCACGUUUUUCUUGUUAUCAUUUUAUGUGUGUUUUUAUGAGUACUACUGGUCCGACUUUCUAACCAAAAGUUUAUUAAAGGGGCAGUGCAAUCAACCUAACCACCUAUGAGCCAUACACAGAUUAACAUUGCUUGCCUCACAAUAUUCUCCUGCUUAUCACUAUUGUUAUCGGGGGCGGGUUGACAGGAGCCCUUUGUGGGGCCAUAUGAAGCCCCAGGUCUAAUUUUGGAACCAUUUCAUUCUUAGCCCCUGGUCCCCUUUAACAUGUCAUUUGUAACACUUUAAUUCGCAAUUCUGAAGUUAAUCAUACAGUACAGUGCCGCGGUCAUGCUGCGGGAAUGAAGGGUUAAUACAGCACAGAAUAUGGGUAAGCUGCUGCCCAAGUUCAAAAAAGGUAAAGUGGUAUAUUGGGGAUAUGCAUUAGUAAUGUGUCGAUAUAAAAAAACACUUAUUUUUGCAUGGGCCCACAGAAUUUGGGGCCCUAAUUCCCAAAAUGCACAAAAGGCCAUUGCAUCAAGUAAAGGGGGGGGGAGGGACAAAAAAUAAAAACGCAGAGAAACACUGAAUGCGAUCCAAUGACCUUCUAUGUAUGUGUUUUGUCUUUGCUGCAUUUUUUUGGUAGGGUUUUGCCAUAUAAUAUAUUUUGUUCAAUAAACCAACGCAGCAAGGAACACUUCGUAUUAAGUGGUCUGUUUGUCUCUUGAGUGCAGUGUUUGAAUCGUGUUCUUCGAUUUAAUACUGCACAGCUUGGGAAAAAUACAGCAAUGGUGGAGUUUAUAAAUGUAAGUCCAUUUAAUACUUGUAAUUGUGUCACAAUGUGAAUUACAGAACACAUUUGGGUGAAAGUUUGAACCCAGAACAAUGUAUAAGGCUAGUUUUAGGAGGGGCUUAAGUUAGUGUACAUUAGAGGGGCCAUAAAGUUUACCCUUGGGCUGACACCCCUGGUCUUUGUGCCACCAAGCAGGGCCUCUGACUGUUAUGCAGAAAUUGAUACUGCUAUUUGUUCACCCCUUCAUUUAAAAAAUGCCGCAGGGUUAUAGUUCUAUUUGUCCAGGAAAACAUGGUGGAUGUAGUCCAUUAGCUCAUUAGUAGCAGCACUCUUUUUUAGAUUGUUAUAUUAUGAAGAAGCAAGUCAUUUAUAAAAUAAAGUUUUCUAUCAACAAAAAAAACUAAAACAUUUAUACAUGUAAAACACUCACUCUCCUAUAAACAGUGACUGAGCCAUGAUCAAUUCUAAUCUGUGUUUUGUUUUUUUGUAUUUUGUUAAAGGAACACUUCAAAAGUCUAAAACUCUUCAGCUUGCUGCGUGCCCCUCUUGUUCAAGUUAAUAAAAGAACCAAUUUCAGGAGAAUAUUGGAGUGUUCCUUUAAUUAAGGAACUGUCAUUAAUACAGUGACAAAUAUUCAACAUACUUAUUAUGAUCAAACUCCUUGCACCAUAACCACUACAAAUAACCAGUAGAAGUUAUGCUGUUUAAAAAGUCCCCUUAUUAAUAUUAUAAAAUAUCUUUGGCUACAGCUACUAAUAAAGUUAAACCAAGUGUUAAAAACAACAAUUUUUUGUACGCACGUAGCACUAGUAAUUUAUUAAUGAAAUAGUGAACUGUCAGUAAAGUUCAUAAUACUUAAAACUAACACAAAAUAGAAGAAUUUGAGCAUGUUUAUUGUUAAGAUAAAACAGGGCUGUAAUAUGUUGUUUUUUUCUUGCAAGUAAUAUUUUUCUGUUCUCUUAUUAUCCUUCAUGUUAGUACAAUUAUGUUGGCUGUAUAGUCAGAUCAAUCAUUAUUGUGACUUUUACAAUUCAUUUUGCAUUUUCCAUUAGACUGGAGCUUCAGCUCUAAUGGUGGCUUCAUAUGCUGGACACAUGGACUGUGUGCGGGAGCUGGUAUUACAGGGGGCAGAUAUCAAUCUCCAGCGGGAGGUAAGUCAAUAAAAUAUGCAGAUCCUGAAACACCAAUGGUCUAUUAACACUUGUACAUGACCCCACUCCAUCCACUCUUUCUCUGUCAGUAGAAGAUAUAAACUAGGUUUGGUCAUAGCUCAAAUAAUUGGAAGAGGUGAGACAACAGUCAUUGAAAUGUGUAUAUGUGUGGUUAUACAAUAUAUAAUAUAGAUACAAAAACACCUGUGUGCAGGCAGACGACACACUUAGUGGGUAAUAAAUACAAACAUACAAAAAUUACCCUUAGUCAAUAGUGAAGUAGAUGAAAGGACUCCUCUUAUGUCCUUAAAACAAUAUUGAUAUACUACCAGAAGGCAAUCUACAACACAAAAAUAAUAGAAACGGACAUAGAAUAGUAACACUACGUUAUUUGGGAAUUUAUAGGAAUAUAUAAUUGCACUCACAGACCCAAUUUGAUUGCAGGCAUAUCAUAAAUAACGAUGUAUAUACUUCUCGAUUUGUGGAACGUCAAUCCCAUACAUAGGAGGAAGAAUAAAAAAUAAUAGUGCAGAGUAUCUUAAGUAAAAUUAACAAGAUUUAUUACAAGAUACACUUACAAGAAAGAUGUAUCAAAGAGGCACAUCAAACUCAGCUGAAGCUGCAACCCAGUCUCAGGAUCAGAAGAGCAGAAAAACCAAAUAAAAAUAAAAAUACACUUAAAAACUAUAAAAAAACAAAUACUCAGCAAAUAAGAAACAAGCCCUAUGCGUUUCGUUCUUAAAAUGAACUUCAUCAGGGGCAUCCAAUCCUCUGUAGACAAGAAUACAUAAAACACUCGUCUUUUUAUAAAUACAAUAUGUGUGGUUAUGUAUAUUAAUGCUCUGUAUUGAGAAUGGGGAUUGGAAUAUUUACACCCCAGACACACAAUUCACUUUGGCUUGCUGAAGUACUGUAUGUGUCUGUAAUCUGUCAUUUUUUAAAUGUUUUUAUAAACUGCCAAUUUCAAUAGAAAUCGUCACUUUUAUAACUGGGUGCAGAAACGCAUCUCUUGCUGUCUUUUCUUCCGCACGUUUGUUAGCUCCCCAGAACUAUAUGUGGUUGUAUAUAUACUAAAGAGUAAAAAAGUAAUAACAAUCUCAGUGGAGUGUUCCUUUAACGACAGCGCCCCAAAGGGUAAGAUAUGAUUACAACGCCAAGAGGACUUCUAAAAUAUGUGGAACUAAAAGAUAAAAACAAUUAUUAGUAUGCAACCUUUUGUAAACCGUUUGCUACUUUACACACUAGCAACACUUCUACAGAAUUCAAUAGAAACACUUCUAUAAAGAAUCAAGGUUAAUUAUAAAAAUAAUAUACAAGGACUGAGCUUCAUAUAAGGCCUAGGUAUUUAUUCAGAAAAUACCAAAGUCUACCAAAGCUUUGGCUUCAAUAGCUAAUCUUUGACUCUAACAGAUUUGGAGAAUUUUUUUCAAUUACCACUUUUUGCCUAUAUUUUGUAAGUUAGUUUUCAACUCACUACAAUUGCCUAUUUUAUAAAUAACCCCCUUUAGAAAAACUCUGUAGAGUCUGUUGAGUUUGGAACAUAAUAGUACCUAUCUGUAUAUUGUGUAUCCCAUAGCAUGUUAUAUCAAUUUCUUUCCUUGUUGACAAUAUGUUAAUGUUUCAUUUAGCUGUAAUGGUCAAAUGAACACAGAUUUGGGGUGCAUUAUCAAAUACGUAAUUCAAGUGUAUGAAUAAGGGGAUCCCUGUUAGGUGUAAGAGCCCUAGAAGUAGCAGUGGAAGGUAUAGCAAGAAAAUUAGAUCCAGCAAUACAUGGAGCAGGAACAGAAUGCUGUGAGCAUGUGUAAAAAGAGGUUUAGAAUGUCUUUACAAAUAAAUAAACAAAGAUGACGUAACUGUGUUAUAGAGUUUGCUUUAAUAAGACACCCACAUUUGAUUCACCAUUGUAACCCUUUAGCUUGUAUGUUGUUAUAGUACAUUGGGAAUCACCUUCUCUAAUAAAUCAUUUGCCAAUGGAUGGUAUUAUAUCAAAGACUGUGGAUUUAUCAUAUUUACAGCUGUGCUGUAGUGAAUCUCUAUAGAUCUCACUUAGCAUCAAGAUAAUUGUGACUCUACCAAUAAUUAUAACGUAUUUUAGGCAUUUGCUAAUUUAAUUUACCAUGUUUGUAUUACAGUCUGGAUCUACUGCCCUGUUUUUUGCUGCUCAGCAAGGUCACAAUGACAUAGUCCGAUUCCUCUUUGAAUUUGGAGCCUCUACUGAAUUCACUACUCAAGUAAGACUCUUUUCUAAUUCCUUUCUUUUCUAUUAUUUCUGCUAGUAUUUGUGGUUUGACACAUUCCUUUACACUAAUUCAGUCUUUUGUUGUGGAGUUAAUAUAAUCCUUUAAGCCAAGCAUGUCCAACUCAAAGGCUAGCAAGGGCCAAAUAAACAAGGUUUAAGUUUAUGGGGCCACAAAAAAACAAAAAUUUAAAUUUUGAUAGAAACGUAGGUUUAUUUUGAAAAGUACAGUAUUAAAAAAAAAACAGCAACACCCUCUACUAAACCCCAUCCCCCACCUCAUCUACUAAAUCCCAGUCCCCCCUCGUCUACCAAAACUUAGUCCCCCCUCAUCUACUAAAACUUAGUCCCCCCCUUGUUUACUAAAUCCCAGUCCCCCCAGUCUACUAAACCCCUGCCCCUGUUCUCACUCACACUCACUGAGACACUCUCACUCACAGACAUACACACACACUGACAUACACAAAGAUUCACUCCAACACACACAUGCACUCACUGUUUGUCAGUUAGUGUGUGUCUGUCAGCAAAGGCGUGACACACAUUCACUGACAGACACACACUAACUGACAAACAGGCUCCCUCACAUACACACACACACACACACACACACACACACACAGACUCACUGACAGACACACAUACACUGACAGAGAGACACACACACAUAUAGCCACACACACACACACACAGAUAGCCAUAUAUAUAUACACACACACCCAUACACACAAACAGCCAUAUACGAACACACAGAGACAGCCACACACAGAGCCAGCUAUACACAGAGGCACCCAAACACACACACAGACAGCCAUACACACACACAGACAGCCAUACACACACACACACAGAGACAGCCACACACACAGCCAUGCACACAGACAGCCAUAUACACACACACACACACACAGCCAUACACACCGACAGCCAUAUACACACACACACAGACAGCCAUGCACACACAGCCAGCCAUGCACACACAGACAGACAACCAUGCACACACACAGGCAGCCAUGCACACAGACACAGACAGCCAUACACACAGACAGCCAUAUAACACACACACACACACACACACACACACACACACACAGAAAGCCAUGCAUGCACACAGACAGACAUAAACACAGAUAGCCAUAUAACACACACGCAGACAGCCAUGCACACACACAGGCAGCCAUACACACACACAGACAGACAACCAUACACACACACACACACAGACAGCCAUACACACACACACACACAGACAGUCAUACGCACACACACACACACAUACAGAUAGCCAUAAACCCAUACACACAAACACACAUUUCCCCCCAACACUUUUUUUUAAUUUUAAUAUUUUAAUUUAAACCCACCCAGCCUCCCUACCUUUGGGAGAGCUGGGUGGAUUUCUUACCUGGUGUCUAGUGGGGCUGCUGGCCAGGUGUACAUUCAGGCAGGGGGGCUGACAGGCAGCAAGGGAGCAUUGAUUUUGAGCUAACCCUGCUCAGCUCCCUCGCACACCAUAGAGUAAUGCCAGGAGCCGGAGUGACGUCAUAUUCAGGCUCCCGGCAUCACUGCGGGAAGCUGAGCAGGGAGAGCUAACACUCAGCGCUCCCUCGCGGCCCGCAAACAUAUUGGUUGUAGGCCGCAUGCGGCCCCAGGACCGCGAGUUUGAAAUCUAUGCUUUAAACUAUUAUGUUUACCUAUAAGGAAAGCUGAACAUGAUACAUGAAAGAUAAAUUAUAUGUAUAAUAUAACAAAUUCCUGUAUUCAUGUGAAUACUAGAACUAAUACAUGUGAAGUUGCGAUGUUCCUGCAUCCCUAGACUGACAAUGUUAGGCCCCAGAUUAAAAUCACAGUGAGCAAACUUUUUUGCACCUUAGAUUUGCCUAGCUAUAUACUAAAUUACAUUGAAACAUGGCACCUAUCAGUGACUGAAGGUGAGAUGGCAAACAAGUUGUCAAAAUCCACUUGACAGUAAAUUAUUGUGACAGACCUCUGUCUUUAAACUACUUUAUUUCUCCUUGGUUCGUCUGUUUGUUCGGCUAUUUCCUUGUCCGUACAGCCCUUACAUUUAUUCCUUGUUUUACCUAAUGAACUGCCGAACGGCCGGCCACCCAGCAGGGAAGUGUGCUGCUAGUUAACCUCUUGGCCUCAUUAGAACGUUGUGGUUAACCGCAGACACCUCUUAAUUGUCGAAUGUAGGCUGCGUGGUCAUCGUUUGUAUAUGAAUGCCCAGUGGUGUUCGUCAACGAUUUCAUGAAACUUAAAACGGACAGUAUUUUGCAUGAACUCCGCUGAAGCCGCCGACCUCUCUUCUUCUAUUUCUCUAUCAUACGAACGCCGGCCUGUUUGGUACUUUUCUUCACGAAUGGACUUACCCAGUGGUGUAUCCUGGUUUUGUGCUGCCCUAGGCAGGACAAAACUCAGGCGCCCCUCUCCCCCCACGCCACCCCCACCCAACCCUUCCCCGCGCCCCACCUUCUAAAUACACACACACAGUCAGACACAAACACACACACACAGUCAGACACAUACACACACAGUCAGACACAUACACAGACACAAACACAGUCAGACACAAACACACACACACAGUCAGACACAUACACAGACACAAACACAGUCAGACACAAACACACACACACACACACAGUCAGACACAAACACACAGUCAGACACACACUCACAAACACAGUCAGACACAAACACACAGUCAGACACAAACACACAGUCAGACACACACACACAGUCAGACACAAACACACACACAGUCAGACACAUACACACAGACACAAACACAGACACAGACACAAACACACACACAGUCACACACACACAGUCAGACACAAACACACAUAGUCAGACACAAACACACACAGACAGACACACACACACACAGUCAGACACACACACAGUCAGACACAAACACACACACACACACAGUCAGACACAUACACAGACACAAACACAGACACAAACACACACACACACUCACAAACACACACAGUCAGACACAAACACACACACACAUUAACUUUUUUUUAAUUUAAAUCCCCCCCAACCUCCUUACCUUUGGGAGUGCUGGGGGGGGGGGUCUCUCUCCCUGGUGGUCCAGUGGCUGCAGGUCAGGCGGGCGGCCGGCGAGGGAGCACUUCCCAUGAGCUCUCUGCUCAGCUCCCUCGCGCGCCGGCUGCAGAGUGAGGCUGGGAGCCGGAAUAUGACGUCAUCUUCCGGCUCCCAGCCUCACUCUGCGGCGCGCGAGGGAGCUGAGCAGUCAGCUCAGAGGAAGUGCUCCCUCGCCAGCCGCCCGCCCGACCGGGAUGUCAGUUAGCCGCAAGGCUAACAAGGCAUUUGCCCUGGGCAUUUGGGGGGCGGUGUUUUUUGCCGCCCCCUGGAAAAUGCCGCCCAAGGCAAAUGCCUUGUUUGCCUCACGGCUAAUACGUCCCUGGACUUACCCCAGAUAGCCAUCUCAUGGAGCCCAUUCGUAUAACGAAAGACUAUGUGAAAGACUUUAGCUCCAUGGCGAUUGAACUGUAUGUGAUCUGAGCGCCAUUCAGUAAUAAUAUGAGCUCAGAUCUAAGCUAUCUGGGGAUACGUUAAUUGUACCUAGUGCAUUCAGUAGUUUUCAUAUUGUAUAUUUUUAUGUGUUUUUAUUGCCAUGUAUAAAAUGGAGUUUUGCCUCUAUCCUCCGAGAUAAUUAAGUUACUUCCCAAUUAUCUCCAAGAUAGAGAGGAGGGUCCCUUACAGCUAAAGGGAGUGAUUAUGUCUGUAACACUGUGAUUGGCUACUGUACUGUUUUUGUCACAGUUUUCCACCAGGUCCCCUAGGGGAGUGUCCACCUGGUGGAAGACCUGCAUAAAUACCGGGCAGGUAGCCCCAUUAAAUCAGUUCACUGCUUGACCCUCAGUACGGAGCCUUGUCUCGUACUUGGAGGGGAUUUAUUCGUAUGGUUUUUCCUAUUCGGCUGUUUGGAGUAUUCGUAUGGUUUGGAGUAUUCGUAUGCUGUGGACUAUUCUUAUGGAUACUGUUCGGCUGAUUGGAGUGUUCGUUAGCUGCCUUGGCAUUCAGAAAGGAAACAUCCUAAACAGCCUUAACUUUUCGUAUACCUGGGGGUACCGUUACAUUUAUAUUCAAACUUGGCUGUUUUAAAAUUGUCCAAGUUAGUUGCCAACUCAACACAACUCAAUGUUAUAUCUUCUUUUAUAGGCUCACUUAACUGUCUGUUAAAUUACAAUUGGUUUCACUUUGUUCUAAUUUAUUGAAUGUAUUUCCUAUACAUUAUAUGUAUCAUUAGACUUGUCCAUUAGUGUUUUAAAGGUGGUCCAUAUCGUUGCAUUUCACUUCAAAAGAGUUCACAAAUAACACUUUUCACAUUACUCUACAGCCACUUUGCCAAUGGUAAAGGAACACUAUAGGGUCAUUGUGGCAGACUGCUUGGUACCCCGACUGGGUACCUCCGCCAAACACACUUUCUAGUUAUCACUGGGACACCAUCAGCACUUCAGCCCCUAGCUGCCGCAGCUAGGCUGGGGUCACACUGUUGCUUCCCACCUUGGACCAGGAUCCUGGAUCCAGCUCCCAGUGGUCAAAGCUCUCCUACAUGGAUUAUCGCUGGUAUCGCCUUUCCACCCAAACACAUGUCUAGACUGAAUGCUGGGAGUAGAUCUGUUUAAUUGCAGGCAAGCACUCACAGUUUAAACACACAGUAAACUCCUCCCCUAUGCCUGAGAGAUAAUUGAGUCAUGAACUGUACAAACUUAAUUAUCUCCAGGUACAGAAAAAUACAACAAUUUUACAACACCCCAAAAGUACCCCCAAAAUCCAUGGAAACCCCUCAAGACUCACAUCUCGGAUAGUCCUGAUCUGAGUGCCUAACAUAUCUAAAAAGCAAAAUCGGUUCGGUGGUUUGGAUUUCCCAUGGAAGUAAACUUUUGACCAACCGAAUGCGUGGCUUCUGCCCAAAAUAGUUCCAUAAGAAAAGUGGCAGUGGUCAGUCACUUUCGGGUGUCCAAAACUGAAUGAAAUACCAAACUCAUCCUCUGGCUCCUAGGUAGCGAUUGUUUGCCUACUUCAUGCAAACAAUCCUACCGAAUGGCACUCUCCUGAUAUGUAUACAAAAGAAGCAGACGUUCGUUAAAGUUCAGUGGCGUUCGCAACGACCAAACACCGUUGGCUGCGUUUGUGCGAACAAGAUGGCCACCAACUCAGUUCCCUUGUGUUCGUGCAUACGAAGGGCGGCCACCCAACCGAACACUUAGAAUGUUGAGGUGUCAGGAGAGGUCAAUAUGUGUUAACGAGCCCAGAGGUGAUCUGCAAUUCGUGUGGUUGUUCGGUUUCCCGAACUAAAAAGGGAAACCACACGAAGCAAGUCACUUAAAAGUCUGUUACAUGGCCCAUAGUCCUUGGGCAGGAGGCUAGCCAGCAGGCUCCUCCAGGAGCCCGUGGCAGAAGCAUCUUUGCCACAGUCAAGAACACAAAAUAUGUAUUCCUGACCCUAUAAUGUUAAUAACACCAUCUAGCCUUCCUGGCCUCCCCAUGCCCCCCUAAAUAUAGUAAAAUCUGUCUUUAUUCCAGUCUCCUGCUGACUCUGCCCAUCAGCUGUCUGCUUGGCUGACAUCAUCAGAAGUGACAUUGAAAGCCAAUCACAAUAGUUUCCCAUAGGAGCCGUCUAUAAGCCAUCUGAGGAGUGGCCAAUGGAGGUAUCCCUAGGCUGUAAUGUAAACACUGCAUUUUCUCUGAAAGGACAGUGUUUACUGCAAAAAGCCUAAAGGAAAUUAUUCUACUCACCAAUACAAUAAGCUGCUGUGACUAUAGUGUCCCUCCUUUUCAAUUAAGUCUGGUCUGUUAGAAUAGCUGCUGAAUUUUCAAGCAAUCUGGCUUAUGGGAAAAAAAACAUUGAAGAUUCUCUGACUAAAUACAUAUAAUAUGCACAGCUUACCAUAAAAUAUACAUAUUGAGUUGUUAUUCCUGUUUUAGCAAUGUGAAGAAAAUAAAUAUAAUUUUCUCCAAUCAUGCUCUGUUAUGAUACACCAAAACUUAUUUUAAAAAAUUGCCCUUUGUAAAUGUCAUGAUUUUGUGAAUUAAACAAAAUUCCUUAAUUGAGGAAAAAGUAUGGGAGUAUUUUAAAUACUUUCUAUUCUACCAAUUAUUUUAUAAUAUUCUUUCAGUUCUAUUAAUCCAUAAAAAUUCUGUAAUGUAAUUAUUUUAUGCAGUUAGCAGCAAUAGAAUGCCAACUCCUACCAUCCUGUCACUGCAAUCUCCUCAACCCACAGCUGUCUUGCCAUGUCCUGCUUCUAUUCUCUCAUUCUCUUGCCACUGCCUACUCCUCAACCCCCACUAUGCUGCCACUGCCCACUGCUCCUUACCUGCUCUCAUCCUGCCACUUCCUCCCUUUCCUAUAUCCAUAGCUUCUUGACCCCCAUUAUCCUGUCAUCAUUUACUUUUCCUUUAUUCCCACUUUCAGUGCCCAUUCCUCCACUUCCACUUCCCGUCACUGACUACUACCCUAUUACUCCCAUUAUCCUGCACUUCACACUGCCCAUGUUCAGUAUAAUAAAACUAUAUCAAACCCUCCUUGACUGCAAAUUUCAUUACCCCGUAAACACUAUGGCCUUCGUUUAAUAUUUUUGUAUAAUCUUUUCAAAUUAUUACAAUCUAUUAGAAACCACUUUUUAGAUUAUUUAUCUAGAGAAGAAUUUUUAGAUUGCUAUAAUUUAAUAAGCAUAUCCAAAAAUAUUAAAUUGAGGCUGAAAUUAGCCAACCCACUAAUACUAUAUGUUAAAAGUAAUUACAGUUGUACAUUUACCGGUACUGACACUCCACAAAAAAUACGUUAGCAUUCAUAAAUAAGAAUGUGUGUGUGCUCAUUUAUGGUGGUGAUAAGAACAGGGAAUCAUAUUUAGCCCUAAUUAGUAAUGUAAGACAAACGAUUUAUAGCUCUGAAACAUGAAGCUGCAUGCUACAGAGAUGUUGAAAAUAUCUGACAAUAUUGCUGCUUGAUAUGCUAUGAGUAGAAGCAAAUAGACAAAUAAAAAGAACCUUCACAUAAAGACGCAGAAACGGGUUUGUUAGAGGUGUGCAUUCUGUCUGGUAGUGUAGCACGCCUUAUGUGAUAACAUGCUAGGUUCUGAAUAAUCAUAUGAAGCAUUCAUUAUGUAUCCUGUAAUACUAAAACUGUAUAGUAAGUGUCAGUUUGAAGGACGCAUCAUUAUUUGCAGAAGAGAAAAGAACAUAUGCCCUUAGGGGAAAAUGAAGGCAACAAAAUGUAGCUAUUAGCUAAGUAGUUUUAUUUAUUAUGAAUGAGUAGAUGCCAAAUGACAGAUGCAAUGGUAGCAGAAAUGGAACGAGGUAGUAAAAAGUAUGUUUUGUGUAACCUUUAGUACAUCAUUGUUAAUAGCUGGAAAAAUUGAGGCUAAAAUAGCUGAUUUAAAAUAAUUAACCAAAUCUGGGAGGCAGCACUGGGUCGUACGAUUAAUAAGGCAGACUGGGAAAAAAUUUGCUAUCUCACGCACCAUUGCUCUAGCUUCAGCAAGACGCAGGAAACAGCAUACAAACUACUGACACACUGGUACUGCACCCCCGCGGCACUACACGAACAUAUCCCAGAAUACCCCCCAGUGUGCUGGAGAUGCAGAGAGGGGACGGGCACGCUUCUACACAUCUGGUGGGAAUGCAACAAAAUCGCACCGUUCUGGAAAGCCAUACACAAAAUUAUAGGGCAACUCUCAGACGACCCACCCCCAUUCGGCCCAGCAGAAAUGCUUCUACACCUCACUAAGGUCCCUAGGACCAUAUAUAAGAAAUCACUGACGAUCCGCAUACUAAACGUAGCUAAAGCUACCAUACCACAACACUGGAAACAGCAGACCACUCCGCCACUGAAAACUUGGUUCACCCAAAUGGAGGAGUUGAGGUCCUUAGAAGAACUCCACGCCACAGCGAAUAACACACACCAAACCUAUCUCAAUAUAUGGACGCACUGGCUACUGAAGUCGACACAACCAGGCUUCCUGGGCGAGACCCAGGCCCAACAAUAGAGACUGGACUAACGCUACACCAAGAGGCGGACACCUGACACCGACAGAACCUAGACCCCUAUCCCGAUACCCCCCCACCACGACAUACCCAUCCCGACCACCUUAACACACGAGUAAAAGGUACCCUUGAUUUGGCAGGGAUCGCCUAGUACCGCAUGGAUUAGGGCGACUUGGAGACCACACAUGGUGGACAUCCGCCAUGUAGGCAGACGGUUCAUGACCAUAGUAAAGUAGGGGAGAGGACGGACAAUUAUCAUGGAACGCAUGGGGACGGGGAGGUAUCACGUCCAAGUUUAGGUUUUCAACUAGCAGUUUAAGCUAGGAGACUGAUGAACUGAGUAUAUCAUGAGUUGUCUGUUCCUCAACUGCUUGUUCCAAACAGUGUAUAAAAUACCAUCGCAAGAGGGACCUGCGAGUCCACAUUGUCUAUGGGGCCUGCGAGCCCGCACUGCUACCCAACCUUACAAUGUCGCUGAUUUACUCUAUGCCCUCACUAAGUAUGGACCUGCGAGUCCAAAUGAAGUAGGACUGCCACGAUUUGAAAAAUGAAAAUAAAAAUCAUAUUUACAAAAAAAAAUAAUUAACCAAAUCAGCAUUAUUCAGAUUUUUGGGCAUUUUGUCAUUCAGAUUGAAUUUGCUAUUUUAGUGAAUAACUUAUAUAUUUUAAUAUCCACCGUCCCUUUCUGCUGCUGUUUAUUUUCUGUAAAUAUUGUUGUAGUGAUGUCAGUGACAGUUCAUUCUAACUGAGUUAAUUCUAAAUCCUUCUAAUGGGUGCGAUUAUACCUCAAAUCCUUCCUAAAUAUACAUGAGUGUAUUUAGUUAAAAGUGAUUUUAGAAAGUGAGAAAUGUCCUUUUUCUUUAGAAGUUAGAAAUUCCCUUUCAUGGCAGGAAGAAAUCCCUGGAGCAUAUUUUCUAAUGGUACAUGUACAGAAUCCCAUGGCAUUAACAUACACAAUUUCGUCUCCAAAAUAAUUCUCCAGAUAAAGGUCUUCACUUCCAGCCACUUUCUUAUUAUUUGGCACACUACGAUCCUUUAAAGGCAACCACCAAAUCCUAUGCCCAGAUGCUGCUCAAAUAUCGCCCAAUGAUGAUUUCUAAAUUUAUGGUCUCCUUUCUUAAGUUUACUACUUCUAAUAAGAUUUAGUAUUUUUAAGUCUUGUACUUCUUAAAUAAUUCUAAUAAUAUGUGGUUCUGAUCUCUAUUAGGGGCCUUGCUCUCUAACAACCUUCUGUGGGGCCCUGGAGGUGUAUGAACACUCUAUUCACUUUGUCAGUUACUAUAACCUGAUUUUUCUAACAAUUCUCUACUGACAUAUUCAUCAGCGUGGUUACGAAGCAUGUUCUUACUUAAAAGCUGACAAGUAUACUUAGCCCGUUUAUCUGUUACUACCAAAAAAGAGAGGCUUAUCUAUGUAGGUGUAUAACUCUAUGCCAUCUUAUGCUGUGUUUUCUUGUUAUACUACCUUUAUCAUAUGCUGUACCGUAUAAAUCACAUGCCUCAAUAAAAGAAAGUAUAAAAUAUAUGAGUAAAAUAAAUGACAGCUUUCUUACUGGUAUGUUCCCACUGUCUUCUUAAAUGGACACCCAGUCACCUAAUGUACUUGCUAUCUGAGACUUUCUGCAUUUCUGAGACUUUUACUGGAAAUUGCUGAACCAACCCAAAUUCAAUAAUGCAGCUUUUUAAUAAUCAGUAGUUUUAAAAAUAAAUGUUUCCCCGAUUGUGUGAUUAUUCAAGAACAUAUUGUGUAAUAGUUGAAAAUAUAAUGUACAAACAACCUUGGAGGUGUGUGUGUCCUUUUCACACUUUCAGGUUACUUUAGAAACCGAUCGGCACUGUGGGAGAGGUAUUUCUAUAUAAAGCCCUGCAAACAAACUCAUUUAUUGAGCUAUCUGGUAACUCAUUUAUUGAACAACCUUUAGCAUAUUUACACCGGAGAAGUAAAAUGCCACCACCCUUAUUCACGGUUAUGCUGCACGUUUCCUUACAAUAGGUUGUAAUCCAUUUCUCUUUAAAAAAAAUAAAAUAUUAAUUUUAUUCCCCCUCACCCCCAUUUUACAAUCCGAUGGGUAUUAGAAAACAAACUCAUGUUACAGUAUAUUGGAGAGUGUCAUUACACAAUUUAGACUACUCAUAAAGCAAAAAUGGGAUUACUGCCUAUUAUCUGCAUACUAAAUGCACGAUUUUGUUGAUUAAGAAUGCUUUCAUGUAUAGUUACCAAGAUAAUUCAGCAUUAUCAUACUUUUUGUCCAUUAAAAAAGAUGCAACACAGAGGAACUCUUUAAUCACAAUAACCAUAACACUGUCAACCCCCAUGUAAGUCAUUUUACCAUUUUCGAAUGGUUUGGCAGUUUACCCGGGUCUACUGGGCACUAGUCACAUCCUUCAGUGAAUGCUGGAAGAUCCUGUGAGUAGCUUCUUGUAGAGCUAAAACCUUCUGUGCAGGGCUAGUUCAUUGAGAGCAUCAGCUAAUCACUCAUUUUUAAAGCAAGUUACUUUCUAAUUGAAAGUGAAACCGUUUUUUUUUUCAUGCAGGCUGUGUAAGUCACAGCCAGGGGAGGUGGUCUAGGUCUGCAUAAACAGAAACAAAAGUAAUUUCAUUUUUAAAUGGCAGUGAAUUGAGCAGCAAAACAUAGAAACAUAGAAUGUGACGGCAGAUAAGAACCAUUCGGCCCAUCUAGUCUGCCCAGAGGCAUGAUCUAUCCACUAGAACUGCUUCAUUAAGCUAAAGUUGUUUUGGUGACUAUAGUGUCCCUUUAAAUGUAGUACAAACAAAUCAGGUAUUUCAUUAAUUUAAUUGUCUGCAGAAGAUAUGCCGUGCUUGCUAAAUCGAUAUCCAGGUAGAACACAGAAAUAACCAAAGGUUAGAAAUACAAAGUUACACACUUUCUUUGAUUCUGGAACACGCGGUAACAUUACAGCACGUAGUGCCAGAAACUGUUAAUGGCAUGUAGAUAAUGUACACAUGAACAUGGGUCAGAGAACCCAUUGAAGUUUGCUCAUGUGGAAACUUCAGACUCACACAUAAAUAGAAGAUACUGGACAUUGCAGUAGACAGUCAUUUCAGCUUUUUUGCUGCUCUGGAAAAUCUUGGUAAAUAUUAGAGUGUGCUGGAAGUGUACAUAAAGGAAAUGAAAAACCCAGUUAAAAUAAUAUGAAGUGCAACAAGCGAUCUGAAAGAUGGAUAUAACAAUUGGUAGUUAUUUUUUAUUCAGAAAUAAACAAUGAUCAGAGAGAAAGGCCGAUAGAUAAUAACUGCAAUCAAAGCCUUCUGUAAGGACUGAGUGACUGAAACUAAAAAGGUCACUUACUAAAGUCUGAAUGUAGCCAGGAUUGACAGCUUCCGGUUAAAGCCAAAUGUGCAAUUUUUGUAUUUACUAAAGGCCCAUCUGGUUGACAUUCAGAGCAUCUCAUGUUAUACCAUCUAGUAUGUAUUUUAAUAAUAUAGCAUAUUUCAAACACAUUCCCUGUGAGCAAAUCUGAUGGCAGGCAAAUUUACAACAUACAGUAAGUAGGUGACCCUACAAAAAUCUGCGAUAUUUGUCCACUGGCAGAUUAAACAGCCAACAGGCAAAUCAUUAAAAUAUUACAUUAAUAAGAUCAUAUGGACUUAAUAAGCAAUAUAAAUAAUUUAAUAAUAUACGUGUACUAACCUAAUUAAUGAUAAAUAUUAUAUAUUGAGUCCUUCUAUGGAGUUAACAUUUUCUACCUUGCAGUUAGCUAUCAAACUGGUGUUGAAGAUAUCUUUUUGUAGUGAUAACUUCUCAUUGAAUUAGCAAUUUGAAUUAGAAUUUGUUUAAAUUUGGUUGCCCCGAAAUUGCAAGCAGACAGCUGCCUAUUCUGAUAUGAUUAUAUCGUUAUUUUUUGGAUACAGUUGUAUAUUUUAGUUGUAUUUCCAUUGUUCAAUGCAUCUGCAAGGUUUAAUUCCAGUCAGUAUUACAAAUCCAUAUACUGAUAAAUAGUGUGGUUAAUGCCUGCAUUGUCCUAAUCUGUUGUCCUCUGAAUGCCUCCAUAUGUUAUCUUAUUAUAUUUAAUAAUCUAGCGCUUCUUUGAAGUUUAGGUAGGCAGCUUGGACAACCAAAACUAGAGUCUCUCCUUUUUAGUCGUGAGUACUGUGUAGAGGAACAGGGGAGGGAAGCAGCGCCUUAGGGUUGUCCUUCAGCCCGGGUUAGAAUGGGACGAUAUUUAAAAAAAAAGAGGACAUGAUAUGGAAUAUGGUGUAAUAUAUUUGUGGUAUUGGUGAGAUAAAGAAAAGAAUUGCACUUACAAUUUUUUAGAGCUGAUAACUAGCUCCAAAUAUGUGCACCCAGGCAGUACAAUUCCAGCCUAUGGAUUUACUCAAUAACAUAAUUCAGUGGAAGGGCUCCAAAUGGUAUAGAACAAGAACAGAAAACAACAAUAAUAUAGUGUAGUAAAUUAGGUACACCAAAAGGGAGUGACUUCUAAAUAUGUAAAUGUACACUCACAAUUUUUUGAGCCUGUUAAUGGGUCUCAGUGACAGCCAUAUAUAGGAGCAGCCCAAGCCCUUGGGUACUCAGGAGUUCUCACUCUUUGAUGCACAGGAGUAUAGCAGCAAAUUCUCGCCAGAAUGGUACAGAGAUAAAAUAGAAAUAAAAAUAAAUAGUGCUCACUGUUUAAAAUGAAUAAAAGUAAUAAAAAGAGAUGUACUCACUGGUGGAAAGCAAAGUAGUUUUUUUUUUUCCAAUAUGUACGGCAGACAAUGUAAUAUAGCAGCAGGAAAUGCUAGAAGAAUGCUUGGUGUAAUGGAUUCAUCUGCACAUAGAAAUGUUUAUGAUGGUACUUACCGUCCUGACAGGAAUAGUUAUGCCCAUCUGUAACCGUGCACCCGGAUACCUGAUAAACCCAACAUGUCUAGGGACGCCGGCCGCUGUGGAUCUAUGUCACUUUAUUGCCCCAUGGCCACCCACGUUGAUGACGACGUCGGCAUGCGUGUGACAUCACACGCGCACGUUUUGGGGUCAAAGGCCGGUUAAAGCCAAUCGGAUAAACAGGAGGGUUAUUUAAACUAAUUUUUACAUUCUCUCAUUGCCCUGACUUGGUUUCUGCCUGAUGGUAAUCCGAGAGUGCGUUCCUGAUCUUGAUAUUUUGGUAUUUGACUUUGGCUUUGUUCUGACUUCCCUGAUUUCUGGUAUCUUUGACUUUUGGCUUUUUCUCAUUGUUGUGUCUGAUUCUGUAUCCCUGACCUCGGCAAGUAUUCUGACUAUUCUUGGAUAUGUUAAGUCCGGCAAUCCUAAGGUCCAGUUAGACGUUAUCCUUAGUCCUAGGUGUGAUACAAUUCUGCGUGCUGGAUCAAUUAGUAAUCCUGACACUUGGUUGUAUUCGGAGAGGUAUUAGCUGUAGGUAUAUGGGUGGUACCAUGGGUGGUAUGUGCCCCACUAAGGAAAUUGAUGUAGCAAUCUUCUGGAUUAAAUUAGUGUAGAUAAACAUUGGUUUAAUUGAAAAUAACAGCAUAAAAGGGUAACACACUGACACUUUUCACCUAAUUAACAGGCUUUCUCAACGUGUUAUAGGAUGGGGGCCUAUCCUGUUUGCAUAAUGGAGUACACAAUUAAAAAAUAAUGGUCAUGUGGUUAAUCAUGUAAUUAUCUCGAGAACAAAUAAAAAGUUUUGAGACAAGAUAUAAUAAUAAAAAUAAUUAAAUAGCUGUGGGCUCUUUGCUCAGUUUAUAAUAUGAAAACAAGCUGUUACAUCAACUGCAUUACACAUACACCUAUAUAUUUAAACUACAGCAAUAAAUAAAGAAUUUUAUUUAACAAUCAGAUGGAUGGCUGUGUGCAAGUGCGUCAUUUACCUGGGGAAGGGAUGGCAGCAGGAUGUACUAUGGGAAAAAGGCAGGCUGUCUUAUGCUCUGGGCAAUGUUAUUCUGGGAACCUUGGGUCCUGGCAUUCAUUUGGAUGUUACUUUGACAUGUACCACCAACCUAGAGAUUGUAGCAGACCACAUACACCCCUUCAUUGCAAUGGUGAACCCUGAUGGCAGUGACCUCUUUCAGCAUGAUUAUGAACCCUGCCACACUGCAUAAAUUGUUCAGGAAUGGGUUGAGGAACAUGACAAAGAGUUCAAGAUGUUCCCCUGUCCCUUUUGUUCCUGUGCGUCCAACUCGUCUGGUUACAAAUACGUGUCUGUUAGUCCACCAAUUGUACAGCGUUGCAAAAUUUGUUGGCACUUUAUAAAUAAUAAUAAUGUAUAUAUAUUCAGUUUUAGUCUGCCUCAAUGAGGAAACUGUAUAUGUUUUGUACUUGGAUGGUACAUAAUCUGUCUUAUUAGCCCAUUUCAUGCUGCCUACACUAUAAUAUUAUAAUACACUAGGACCAUUUAUCCCCCCAUAAAAGUGCAACAACUAUCUGCAUCAUUGUAUGAUCUUAAACUAGUUAGUAAAGUAUGAGGCAUAAAUAAUUUAGCUUUUGCUUUACUUUAGUAGAGGAUCAGCAUGUUCUAUGCUAUGAAUGGAGAGGGUGUACAUUCAGUGUUCUGUAUAUGUGUUCAGUGAAGGCCUGGCAUCCAUUCAGACAACAAAAAUCUGACUUGGCUUGUUUUCCCUCUUACAGUUUAAUGAAUCCAUUUGUUUCCAGCCAGUAAGGGCAACUGAGGAUGCAUUACAAGUGCUAACUUGAAGUUAUUUACUUCUUUAUUUUGAUCUGCAUUUUUAUCUUGGAAAGUGUAAUAAAUAAUAAAUUGAUGUAUUUAUCAACUAUAGAGAGAUUCAGAUUAAUUACAUCUUGUUUGAUGUUUCCUAUUCCAUUGUUUAACUCUUCCACCAUUUGUUCUCCUGUAACUUGCUGCCUGGGGUGAAGUGCUGAGAAGAUAUGUUCUAUGUUGUAUGCCGGGGUAGUGAGUGCUGGAUUUGCCCAGAGAGCUAUUCAAACCUAUGUCUUUUAGACAUCUUUUAUUUAUUUUAAGGUGCAGUGAUCCAAGUGUUAGGAAUCAUAUGAGCCUCUCAUUUGACAUAGAAACUCCCCCCACCCCCAAAAUAAAAGGGGGACAAAGUGUGUAGAUCUUUAUUGGCAGUUAGAGUUGUGCAAGGCAAAAAGUUUUGGUUCUUCUGGAACACUUCAGACUUUUUUUUUAAUCUUCUGGUCGACAGAAUUUAGUUGAGUUGGGUGUUCGUUUCGGCCGGAUUUCAGUACCGGAAAAUAUGACUUAACUAGCACCACUGAAAGGGGCGGACAUACCCAGAAAGGGGUCUGUACUGCCCACAGAAGUUAAAGGUCAGGCUGGCACAAAGGUAUGUCAGGCUGCCCGCCAAUCAUGCAGGUUGACGAACUAAGGGUGUAUUAUGCUGUAUUAUUACAGCUUAGUGUAAAUGUGUCUAAUGGCGCGCUUGGGACAGUCCCCUAGCACUCACAUGUUCACUCUUUUUCUUCCCUUAUUUCUUGCAGUCUGGGACAGAUAAAAUGUGUAUGUAGUGAGUGUAGAAGAAAGGGAACAUGCCACAGUGUUAGAGAGAUCAAAGCAGCAACAGCAUUUGCAUAGUGCAUAAAGUCAGCGUUACCUUAACUAAUUUCAUUGUCAGCCAGUCCAGCCAGCCAGGGAUAUAAGGGAAGUACAAAUGUUCUUCCCUUAUAUCCCUCUUAAGUUCACAUACUUAAUUCUCACCUUCACAAAGCAAGAGCAAGUGAAAAGUAGUACAAACAAAAAUAUAUAUAUUUAUUUACUUUUAUUUUUUUUAUCAACAGGUCUAUUCCAUAUGCACGCGCUUCACCUCCAUAAGUCCCUAUGUUUAAAGGGAUCACAAUUAAAUAAAAUGUAUGGAACACCGCUGAAGUCAGAAAGCAUCAUUGAGCUUAAACCAUCAUAGUUUAAUUGUUAAUCAGCUAAUGUUAACAUAAAAACUGUGCUUUUGAAGACUUUUCAAUAAUGUGACAAGUUGAAGGUUACAGACGGCCAAGAGCAUUGAUUCUAUUAAUAGGUGAGAGAGGUGUGUAAUGUAACCCAUUAUGUUCUGUAUGGACACUGCUUUGUGUUCGUGUUUAUUUAAAGUAAUCAAACAUAGACAAGAAAAGUGAAGGGGAGCAUUCAAGAGAAGCAUAUUGAAAUGGCCCUGACAUUUUGCAGGUUUUGGUAUUAAAUUAUUUAUUUUUUUGUCUCUCUGUUUUGGCGUAUUUUGAUUUAUUUUUUUAUUCAUCCUAGGUAUUUAGUUUUGCAUAAGAUAAAGUAGGGACCACUUCUUUUAAGGGGAGCCUGAUUUUUAUUGCUUAAUUUGCAAGGAGGUUAUUAUGAGUGUUAUCAAUGUUCAAUCCUCUCACUUUGAAGGACCAACUGAUGUAAAAAGAGUCUUCUUGAAAAAUAAUCUAUACUGCAAGUUAAUCAGAAGCAAAAUAAAAAGAUAAUUUCUUUUAUGACAACUACUGAAUAAAGGAUGCCUUUCAGUCUCUGUACAUGCUUUUAUGGAGGUUGGUAACUAGUAAUAUAAAUUAAUCUAACAGUGAAAACCAAACAAACAAAUAAUAAAAAAUUUUGGAAACCACUCAAAGGAAUUGAUAGUGACACAAUUUUACAAUGGGCAUAUUGAGGUUAAACAAAUGUCACAGUAGAUACUCUACUCACACUUGGAGUGAAACCUAGAGUUGGACAGUGCUGCGACCACGAAACUACCCUGUGCAGGACCGCCAUCAGGGGAGUACAGCCAGUAUAGCUGUAUGAGGCUCGGCCGCCCAGAGGACCACACGGGUCCUAUGCCCCAAGAAGGGCCCCUUCUUGCUUCCAUAGUGGUACUCCCAUCCCAGCUCCAUUAGGGUCUCACCCUGUCUCCAUUCCUUCAAAAAAAUCAUUGAAAACUAACUUUUUCAGGAAACCAUAUCAAUUAAGCGUGUUCUCUCCAUGAGACUAUUGUUUAAAUGCUACACCUGCUUAUAUUAUUGUCUAUUAAACUAUUGGACAUUUCACUAAUUGCUGAAUAAGACAUGUUUCUGUUUUCAGGAUGGAGGAUCAGCUUUGCUUGCAGCUAGUCAAUACGGUCAUUACCGGGCAGUUGAAACACUUCUGAAGAAUGGAGCCAACAUUCAUGACCAGCUUUGUGUACGUACUAGAUUUGAAAAAGAUAUAAGGGUCAUUACAAACAAAUUAUGAAAAAAUUCUGUUUUCUGAAGUCGGAAUCCUUAGACAAAAUAUGAAAAUCUAAUCAUCUUAGUUUACAAGAUAAAAGCCAAGAUCUAUGAUAAUUAUUGCUUAGGGAUGAAAUAAUAAAUACAAAGGAACUCCAUACAGCUGCACCUUGCACAAUAAAAUAAUCAGGUCGGGUUCUUCAUUGCUAUAUAACCAUGGCUUGGGGAGCAGAAGAGGUGCUUAAAGAAAUGUUGAUAACUGUAAUUCAAAUAAUUGGUAAAGGGCAGUGGCUCUAAUUACUCUUCCCUGUGGACACCCAUGCUAACAGCAACAGUUUCUGAAUUGGAUAUGCAUUUUCUCUAGCAAAGUGUAAACUAAGAUGAUUAGAUUUUCAUAUUUUGUCUAAGGAUAGGCAUUAAAACUGUGAGACCUAGGUUCAAAUUCCAGUCGUCAGACAACCUUUCCAGUAAUUGUCCUUGGGGAAGAUACUUAACAAUAUAUAUCCAUCUACCUCAAAUCCUCGUAGAGCUCUUUGAUCAUCAUAAUUGUAUAUAUUGGAUAUCUAACUGCUGGUAAAUCUUGCUCACAACUUUAUGGAAGUGCAUUAAUUUACAUUGCUUCACCAAAGUAAAAAUACAAUAUCACUUGGUUCUAGAUAGUUAAAAUAAUAAGACUUUGAUUAACAGCUAUUUAGGUAAAGAUCCUUCAUUUCAACUCUCUGAUUAGCAUUCUGGCUCUCUCAGGAUCGUUUAAUACCCAACAUGGAGAACUUAAGAUAACAGAUAUAAAAUGAAUCAGAAACCUGAAAACGUAUUACUAGAUCUUAGAAUGGCUGUAGAAAAGUACAGGACAAGCCGAGGUCAGGGAAACAGAAGGUACGUAAAACCAAAGGUCAAGGGAUACAGAAGUCAGAAUAGUCAACGAACAAACCAAGGUCAAAAUUCACAAGAAUUACUAGGUUAACCAAACUGUAAACCACAACAGGACACUGAAAAGAAAUCAGUAUGAGUUUAAAUACCCUAAUAACUAUUCUGAUUGGUUACUGGUGGUCACAUGACAUUGGGAUGUUCGUGCAUCACAUCAGUGUGACGUCUCACACACGUCCACGGGACAAUUAUGGGCAAGACCUUGAGCAGCCCUUAAAGGCUCUAGAGAGCAGUGGCCGGGAUUACUACUGCUUCCAGACACGGCAGCUGUGGAGGUAGACCAGACACACUCGGCGGCAUUCCCGUGAACCCAGUGAGACAGGCUGCUAAUGAGUUUAUCCCAUCGGUAUAAGCACUCAUUGGAUUUCAUGUUUUUGCACCUGUUGGUAUUAGUUCGACAGUUUUCAUUGGGCCUCAUAAGAAAAUAAUCAGAUUUAAAUAAUCAGAAUUUAUUUAUGUAACAGCACCAUGUUCUGCACAAUCCCCCCAGCAAGCUCAGGUAUCUGAAGAUUUUUUUUACUAUUGUACUGCUCAUGUCAGGAUGUGGGUCCAGUAAUGUCUCUGGAGUACACUCAUAUAUUAAACACACAUACAGAAAAUAUCACAAUCAUGUAUUAAACAUAUAUUUUGAGUUGCUCUGUUAUCUUAUAUUCAAGGAGAGAAAUCAUACUGUGGCUCUUAUUUUGCUACUAGAUUUGUUAUCCGAAAGAAUACUAAACUCUUUUGGAUAACAAAUCCAUAGUAACCGGAGCCUUAUUUUACUGUAGUCCAUUAUUUUGAUGAAGAAGUGACAAGUUUGGGUUAUGCUGCAAGUCAUUCUAUACAUAAACAUAUUACAGCAUGUAUUUAUCGUCAUUAUUAACACUCUCCUAUUUAUUUGUGGAGACGGAGAACCAGAUAUGACAGCUUUGCAGUUAAUUUAAAUAUUCAUUGUUCCAGAGUUAAGAAUGUCAAAAUAAAUUAUUAAAAAAAUAUUUGAGCAAGUUGAAACUUGUGAAUCAGAUCCUCAAAAGGAACACACUUUCACGAUUAUAAAUCACCAGAGACAUCUACAGAAAAAUAUAGAAAUAGCCAUAUAACUCUUCUGUAGAAUAUCUUCAGCAAACAUAGUGCUUGCUGCCCUAAAAAAACAUGGAACCUUGACAUCCACUAUAGCUCUCACGAAGAAUUGUGGUUGUAUAGAACGGUAAGAAAUGUAUUUGGUUACCAAAUAUUAGUAUCUACUUUCAGUAACAUCUUUUAGAUCUUUAGCUUAGGUAACAUAAUUGCAUUAGCCUUUAAUAUACCUCUCUAGUGUCCCCAUUUAGGAGGGACAGUCUAUUUUUUUUUACAAAAUCUCCCUGUCCCUCUUUUCUAUUCUUGUGUUCUUCUUUCUAUGUGCUCCAUAUUGUUGGUGUGACUGAGUGUAUAACAAGGCUCACAGAAAUAAUACUCAAAGUAAUGUAUCUUUAAACUGUAAUUAAUGUAUUUAGAAAUUGGUCUGUGUAAAUAAGAUACAUUGUUCAUGUUCUAAAUAUCAUUCUAGCUUUAUACAUUGUUCUUAGUAAGUCACCUAAAAUGUCUCAGAACAGCCCUUCCCCUGGCCUCAACCCCCGCUCACACCCCUAAAAUUAAAGUGUCCGUCUUUGUCCAUGUGAAAAGUUGGGAGGAAUGCUUUAAUGUUCUGACAGUUGUGGGAUCAUGUGACUUAGGCCUUGAUUUAAUUAUAUCAGCCAUAAACAUAAUUAUAGACUGGUUUUGGCCAUUAUUUAUCAAAUUUCGGCUUGAUUUAACGCAAGCUGAAAUUCAAGCAGCCAGAUCUUAUAUACGAAUCGGUUGCUCGGAAAUUACCUGCUAAUACAUGUGCUUCAGAAGAACAUUUAUUGUUCUUUUUUUAUGACUAACCCUUUUAAAAACAUUUAAAAAAAAUAAAUAACAGCAUUGGAGGCUAAAUAUAAACCCAUAUAUGUAUAAGUGAGGUUUUACACCUCCCACAUGCAACAUGCGUGGGUGUGGGCAUGUGGCUAAAUAUCAAGCAACCAGUGGCUUCUCGCUACAAUAAUAAAUGAGUGUCUGGCCAGCUAUUGCUGCCCAAUUGCUAUUUACAUACAGGGGGGACCUGGAACCAUGGGUAUCAGUGGGGGCUUUAAAUUAAAUUAUGAUGGAAGGGUGGACAGCAGUUGAGCACUACUACAUUAAAAAGGCGGGGAUCAACCUAGUGGGGGAGGGCAAUGAAUUACAUAAUAAAUGGGAGGACUUAUUGACUCUCCCAACCACACACAUAAGUGGCAGGUAGAAAGCCUAAUAAUUAUUAUAACCUUGGCCUAAUAAUUGUUAUAACCUAAUUUCCCCCAGCCUCCACCUAUUAGUGGUGAAUGGGAUUCUAAUUAAAUACAGAAGGGGGUGAACAUUUCAUUAUCUACCCACUCACUCCCACACAAUUAUGUCCAUGUUUUCCACUCUUGGUGGGUAGGGAUCCCCAAAACCUUAGCCAACAUGUUUAGUAAAAAAAAAAAAAAAAAACCUGUCUACUCCUCUCACCAUAAUAAUAGUGGAGGGGUGCCCAAAAUGUAGUACCUGUCAUAAAAUGUUUAUACUUAUCAUCAGAUUUCUUCUUUCUUUUUUUUGCCCACAAUAAAGGCCAAAAAAUUUCAUUAGGGGGCUGGGCCUGACCACCAUACUGAACAGUCUCCCUCAGUGUAGGCUCUGAGCAAAACCCUGCAACUAUACAAAUAUAUCGACUUGCCACUCGAGAAAACAUGUCCUGAUCUUGUUGGAGACAAUCUGCAUUUCCACAAGACACCUUCUGUGGCAUUUCGCAGCUCGACCAGUGGUGUAAACUGAGGCCUACCUGUAGGUGCAGUCGGAUGAAAUGGCCGAUCUUCCGGCUGCUCAGCCUGCUGUGGUGCAAAGAGGCGUAAAGAGCCCCUGUUCUCCCCCCUGCCAGCGAGGGUCAUCCCACUAAGGGUGUAUCUGUGACACUGCAAGCGCCCAGGCACACUGAGGCCUACCUUACAGUCGCAGACAAAAUGGUGGACACAGCAUACCUCACCCACACAAAACCUGAUAAAUCCAAUCAUACUGUGUCUGGAAGAGAUCUUUGCCAACUUUUGGCUGAAACUGGCGGUGAAACAGAGCCAGCAUAUGGUGGGGAGAUGGAGCAAUAGCUCAUUGCAAACCCCACCUUCAGACACCUCCUAAUCCAUGUCUGGCUUGGCCAAGUUACUGAUCCUCAAACUACCAAGCAUGAAACAGGGGAGAAGACGCCCCCGACUCCCUGACGCCACAAUGUAUGUCACGUGGACCGGCGCUCGCUACCGCAGACCCAGGCUGAGAGCAAUAAGGGGGCAUACCCCGGUGCAUACACUGCACUCCUAGAGGAAGCAUCAUCAAUGCCAAGAGGCUCCUGAACUCUACUGGGACACUAGUCACGGAGCCAUGAGCAACCAGACCAGCGGGAACCACGUGUGGGCUCUCAUAGGGGCUUGGGGUUGGCGGAGUAGAUGGUUCUGGAGCACUGGGACUUUAUCUUAACUUGAGGGCCAGAGGCCAAGCAUGGGUAUUAGGUGAAACAUCUGCAUUUCUGCUGAUAUAUGUGGUGUGGGAGUAAGUCGAAUGCUUAAGUUCAUACUUUACCUUUACAACUAUCCCAGUCUGCCUGAGCUACUAGCCUACCCAUUAGUGAUUUUCCAUACAGAAACAGCAAUGUUACAAAUUACAUGUUCUUAAAGUUAGCAAAUGAGCACAAUCUUUUCUGUCUACUGCUAUCUCUCAUAUUCAGGAAAUGAUAGUAACAUAUCUUUACGUACCUCCUGUUUCGUUCCCUCGUUGUUGAUUCUUGUGAUCGAGAUGUUGACCUAUGUAUAUUUACAAAAAAGUGCAGUCAUUUACUCUUAAGCCUACUACUAAAUUGUUAUAGUCGAUACUUACCUGUGUAUAAACAAAAUGCUUUGUAUUCUACUCAUGACGAUCACUUAUACCUCUGCGCAGGUUAAUCUGUGUCUUACCCAUGUUAUUGUAAUAUCUUACUGCACAUCAAAAUAAAAAAUGUAAAAGAAAAUUUCAUUAAGUCACUAUCAAAAUAAUAAUAAACAUAAAAAGAAGAACCAGAUAACAAAAAAGCAAAAUGCAAUAAAAAGAAUCCAAGUUUGCCAAGUUCACUAUAUGGUGCAGACCCAUAAUGAACCUUGACAGAUAACCAAAUAAUGUCAGAUAGAUAACCAAAAUAAUAGCUUUAACUCCAGAGAUGGAUAAUGGGACUCCUAAUCCUUUAACAACCCGGAACUCAGCUAUAUCCCCACUGAAUAGUGCUAGAAGUAACCAUAGUAUGUUUAUGGGAUAAAUAUAUAUAUAUUUUAAAAAGGGAUAGUCCAGGAGUUUCACACAUCUAGUUUGGGAACUCCUAGAACAUGACUAUAAUUUAAUAAAAUACGUUUUGAUUUUUGUAAAGCAGUAUUUUCCUUUAGUUACAAUAUAUCUCAUAAAUGAUGUUUGUAGUGUAUUGCAUAGUAUCUCAAAUAAUUUAUAUACUAAGAAAUGUGCAGGUGUUUUCUGUCUAAUAAUUACAUAGUAUUUGUGUAAUUCAGAGGUAAUUGCACAGCAAUACACAGUAAUAAUGUUCACCAUAAUUUACUAAUAGGAUACUUAGUAAGGGUUUUUGUUGUAGUAUUUCAUUUUCACUAUUUGUUGUACUUUUUAUUCUAAACCUGUCCCUCACUGAGUGUGAUAUUUAUUUACAGUGUGUGAUGACCUGAAUUAACCUGGCAUUAUUAAUGUGGACCUGUAAGGGGAAUGAAACAGGGUGAGGUGCAGUAAGCCUGCCAACACAACUAAAAACUCUAUUACAAUUGCACAUAUCGCUAUUUUUAUCACAAACACAUAAAUGUAUGCCGAAUUAAAUCCUGUACCAACUUGAAAAUGUGUUUCACUCCAAGACACAGCUCUGUUGGAAAAAAGGUGUAGUACUGCAGGGAUGGGCAAACUAUUGCUCUCUCUGGCCAUUUCUAAACAGCAAGUCACAUCAUCCUCAGCCAGGACUAGAUUGGUGUAUUUGAUCAGUCUAGGCACAGAAUGUAAUGUACCACUCUAGUCCUGGAUGAGGGGAGUGGACCCUUCCUUUGCUUGUCUCAGUGGCUGCUUGAUGGCUGCUAUGUGUGGGAGCUAUAGAGGCGCAUGCUGCUUUCUGCACAAGACUGCUAAUUAAGUUCCAAUGCGAAAUGAUUAAAGUCCUGUGCAGUAAAAAACAUAGGCCUCUCUAGUCCGACACAUUGAUGCCAACAAGACUCUUCAGGGAGAACACAACGAUUCUGUGGAUGAUUUGGGAGCAGGCCAGCCUAUUAACAGAGCUGGCCCUUGCUGUGGCCCCCUGAGCAUAUGCCUUGUGUGUGCAACGGCCUGCUCUCUGCUUAUUUUAGAAACCUCUAACAUCAUCCGGACUGAACAGUUUGGUAUAGUACUGAAUUAGUGAUAAUAGUGUAUUUCCAGCCUGUAGGGUAAUGCCAUUUCCAUUACCAACUCGCUAGAAGACUAUAAAAAGUAGUCCGUAAUCUACUAGUGACAUAGGAUAAUUCACUAUUAAAUAUGACCUUGGUCACAAUGUAUCAUUUGAUUAUUACGUUAAUGGUUGCCAAUAAACCAUUAACAAUGAUUACAAGAUCACAUCAGUUUUGGUAUUACUGGUUUGCUAUAAUAUACGUCUAUACCUUACGUUAAGCAGUCAACAUUAAGCAAUAACAAUUAUUGCCACUGACAGUUUUCAACAAAUGAAUGAAUACCCCCCAAGUGAUCAAAAUGUAUAAUGCAUGCGCAAAACAAACACUGUAUACAUUGAUGAUAUAAACUUUUACAAAUACAUCCUUAAUUAAUAGACAUAAUGUCCAAACAAGCAUAAACAAACUGAUCACACUUAAAUACAGAAAAUGUCCGCAUUGAUCAUCGUUAAAGGAACAUGCACAUACAUCAGUUUCAGCUUGAAACAGAACAGGUUAGUAGCACACAUGUCACCUAUUACUAUCAUCACGACUGUGAUGUAAUAGCAGAUUCUUCAAGAUCACUUUUUAACAUGUGUCCCUUUUACUUUUUGAUUUUAAGUUCCACUUGUGUUUUGGGGGGUUUCAUUCAUAAGGACACAUUGACAUCAUUUCUCAGAACCAUAUAUUGACAUUUAUACAAUGAAAAAUUCCCUGACUUAUUGAUCCCACUCGUGUCAAAAAAGAAAAUUGUAAAUCAUUCACACUUACUUACUUGCUGACAUGCAAUAUAUAAUCUUUGGGUAACUGUCAGAAAUAUGGCUGUGCAGAGGAGAAGCUGUAUUUUAUUAUAAACCUGUUUGUUUACUGGUCCUGUAAAAAACAUGAACAAUUCUGGAAGGAGAUGUGUGACUUUGUAUAUAAACACAGAUUUGGCUUGUCCUGGAAAUAUUAAAGGAUCACUAUAGGGUCAGUAACACAAACAUAUAUUCCUGACCCUAUAGUGUUAAUACCACCAUCUAGUCUCCCUGGGCCCCUCAUGCCUCCAUAAAUAUAGCAAAAUCUUACUGUAUUCAAGCCUGAAGCUGUAGAUCUGCAUGCUGUUUGUCUCAGAAAAAACAAGCUGUCUGCUGACAUCAUCAACAGUGGUAGCCUGAUCCAAUCACAGUGCUUCCCAAUAGGAUUGGCUGAGACUGACAAAGAGCCAGAUCAGGGGCAGAGCCAGCAUGAUUCAAACACAGCCCUGGCCAAUCAGCAUCUCCUCAUAGAGUUGAAUUGAAUCAAUGAAUCUCUAUGAGAAAAGUUCAGUGUCUGCAUGCAGAGGGAGGAGAUACUGAAUGUUUGGAUGCAUUUUAGGCAGCCAUGACCCAGGAAGGACCUCUAACAGCCAUCUGAGGAGUGGCCAGUGAAGUUAUCACUAGGCUGUAACGUAAACACUGCAUUUUCUCUGAAAAGACAGUGUUUACAGCAGAAAGUCUAAAGGUAAUGAUUCUACUCACCAGAACAAAUUCAAUAAGCUGUAGUUGUUCUGGUGACUAUAGUGUCCCUUUAAGUAAAGAAGAGUAUGCAUAGAAGGGUAAAAAUUUAGAAAAAGUUGAUGAGAGUGAGUGUAUAUAGACACUAGUCUUGCUAAGAGAGUGGAAUACUCCACACACAUGAAGUAUUUCAGCUUGCUGAAGAGCUUUCUAUGUCUGGAGUUGUCAUUUUCUUGUCAGUUUAUAAAAGUGCCGCUCUAAAUAGAAAUCUUUUCUAAUUGGGGGUAAAAACACCUCCUUGUUUGUCACACAGCUAGGAAGGUUUUCCUUUACUUCCUUUAGCUACACAGAGCUAACAGAGAAGUCAGAGACACGCUCUACUGGCGUGUCUGCUGCCUUCCACCUUUUUCAAUGAGCUGAACGUGAACUUAAUGGGAAACAUAGAAAAGCCGUGAUCAAUGGAAUAUUUCGUUUUUGUGUAUAGUAAAUAAACUUUGCCCAGGGCUGCAGAAAUCCUUGCACUGGAUCUGCUUGCAGGGAGGUGUGGCUAGGGCUGCACAAACAAAGUGAUGCAACUCCAAAGUGGCCGAGAAUUGAGCAGUGAGACUGCACGGGCGUGAUCUAUACACCAACACUGCUUCAUUAAGCUAAAGUUGUUUUAGUGACUAUAGUGUCCCUUUAAAUGUAAUACAUUUCUUAUAAAACGAGAAGUGAACAUUUGAUGACAAAUGUUCUUUAAUUUCCAAAUUGCUCAAGAGUAAACAACCGUGGUUUGUUCACUGAACUGUAUUUUGUGAUGAACAGAAAACACCAUUCGAUAAAUUUUACAAAUAAAUAAGUUUAGUAUUUUCAGGAAAUUCAGUUUUCCUUUUAGCAGAACGCAUAGUUUACUUAACAAAACACAUUGACAGUUGGGAGGAUGGACAUUGAAUUAAGCUCUAAUCCUCCAUUCAGAUAAUUCAGCAAGCUAGCAUUGCUUUGUUUUAAUUGUGGUAGAACAAGUGGUUACUGGGUUGUUUAGUGUAUACUGUAGUGAUUGCUAUUCUAUGGCAUUCCAGCUCCCGUGGACAAUUCAGGGAUGAGCAUUGUGAGAAAUGAUUUGCCAAUGGUUAUCAAUCAGUCGCAAUAAGUGGCAUGGGCCCCCCUUAAAUAUGUGUAUAAUAGAUAUCUGCCCAGUUGUUGCUGAACAUUGGGGAUUUCUAUUUUACAGAAAGAGCUGUAGAUGCAUGGAAUAACGUUUCAGCAGUGAUGGCAGAGACUGUCACAGUGGAGGAGUUCAGAAAUGCAUGGGAUAAAAACACUGCUGAGCCAGAGCUGGAGUAACACCAGAUAAAUUAACCACUUCUGUCAGCCUUGUUUAUAUAUGAUAAACUGAAUAAAUAAAGAUUGUUUUAAAAAAACAAACAAACAAACAGUUCUGUCAGAAUCUUUUCCAGAACACUUGUCCUAUCGGAUUUGGGAAGGUUAACAGGAAUGGAUUAGGUUAAUAACUGCUAUUUAAAUAAAUGUAUGAGAAAAAGAGAAUUAUUGUUAAUUGUUCCAUGGAAGGGAGCAUGUACGGGCAAUAAACCUGGCAGAACAUUGUUUAAAUUGAACCUUUGUGACAAUGCGUGUACUUUUGAGUUGUGAUAAUGUAUGUCGUUUUUAAAAUUGUGACAAUAUAUGUAUCUUUCUGCAGUGCUGUACAUGUACAUGUCUGCUGGGAUAAUGUAUGUCGUUUUUUAAAUUGUGACAAUAUAUGAAUCUUUCUGCAGUGCUGUGCAUGUACAUGUCUGCUGGGAUAAUGUAUGUUGGUUUUUAAAUUGUGACAAUAUAUGUAUCUUUCUGCAGUGGUAAAACAUAUACAUGUCUGCUGGGAUAAUGUAUGUCCCUCUCUGUUCUGAUAAUGCAGUAGUGAAGCAUGUACCGUUCUGUAGUAAUGAAUCUAUGGCAAUACAUGAAUGUUUCUCUUGUGAUAAUGUGUGCGGCUUUUUUGUUUUUUAGGAUGGAGCCACUUCAUUGUUUCUUGCAGCACAAGGGGGCUAUGUUGAUGUAGUUCGGUUGUUACUCACAUCCGGGGCAAGAGCAAAUCAACCAAGACAGGUAGUAUGAAAAGUCGAUUUUAUUAUUUAGCCAGAAAACAGUCUAACGUGCGUAUUGUAGGAGCAAAACCUUCACUAAUAUAUUUUCACAAGCAUAGCUGAAGGAUUUUAUAUAGAGAGAGCUUUCAUUAAAAGCCAAAGGGCCUGGCAGUGGCAUGUGACCCUCUGGAUAGCACAUGGAUUCAAUUAACAAACUAAAUACUACAUGUGUCUCUAUAUUAUGCUGCAAACAUCAGAUUUAAGUAACAUAAAAUGAAUGUUUCUAAUUAUCACUCAAAAGGAGCCACCUAAAGGCAUGUUUGACAAUUGCAGAUACCUACCUUGUGUACAAUGGGUAUUUGAAUACUUUGGAGGGCUGUUGAUUCUUUUCCUGGUGUCAGAGGUACCUUUUAUGUAACAGAGAAGCAGCAUUACUUACUUAAUGAAUGGUUGUAUGGAAUUGACAGGACAUGCAUAUAUUAUGCCAAAUUAGUUUAGUUGGAAAAAUAGCUGUUGAUUUUUUUCACUCAAUCUACUAUUUGAAGUUUGCUGGUCUAUUCCUGACAUUUUGCAGUUUAGUGAGAACGUACAAGGUAUUUUAGGGCAAUAUGGAAAGAACAAGAUAUAACAAAUAUUUUUUUCCAAAUAUUUAAAUAUAAAAAUAUAUAGAAUAUGGAAUAAAUAUAAAAUAUACAAAUAUAUUUUUCAAAUAUUAAUUAAUUGGGAAAGUUUAUCCAAAAGUAAUUAAUCUAGGCUUUAGUGAACUAUUAAAAUGUCCUGUUAGCCCCCCAAAAUGUCAAAGUAGUUGUUUUGGAUUGUAUUAACAACUGUCACAGAGCUCCCUCUACAGGCCAUACCUACAAAAAAAAUUGAAAUUAGUUUUGGCACAGAAAAAAAAAUAGUAUACUUAUUCCUCCUGUGAGUACUUUCUAAAUUAUAUUUAUGAAUGAAUAGAUUUGGGCAUACACUGCCUCUAUUGGUUCAUCUCGGAACACUUUCAUCUGAUACAGGAGUUAAAAAUCAGAUCUCUCUUAAAAUACACUGAGGUUUUACAGACCCCCACCAAAUAUUAUUUGAAACUUUUUUUUACUUUCACUUUCAAUAGUGCAUUACUCUAAAAGGGUUUUGUUUACAUGCGUGGGUUUUAGCAUGUACCUUUUAUUUUAAUUUGUCAUAUUUAUAGCUAACAGCAAAGAAUUGUUACAGCUUGCAACAAUAAACAGUUACACCAAUUCAUUUUCUGAGUGUUAGAUGAGUUAUACUCAGAAAUCAGCUUAAAAUCUGUCAACAUCACAACCUUUUUACUCACUCAGCGCAACUGAUUUCAUCAGCUACUGUAGAGUCACCACCAGCUAGUGAAUCCAGUUGAAAAAUGUAUUUUCACCAAUGCAGCUGAUAAUUUAAUUAUAGUAAAUAAAUGAUGAAGCACUCUUAAAACCAGGCCUAUAAGUUAGAAAACUGAAAGAACCAGAACUAAAAAUGAAAAUCAUUUCAUGAAAUUUGCAUAUUUAUUGUGCAUGCCCUCGGAAAAAGGAGAUAUGUGAUUUGGAGGAGAAGAAUAACAUUUGCAGGGCCAGAUUAACAUUACAAGAAUCUGUAGGCACAGAAUUCGCGAGCAUCUUCCAAUCCCCCGUACAAACUAAUAACGAAACUUGACAGUUUACAUAAUGAGUGUGUAUGUGUGUAUCCAUGUGUUGUAAUAUAAAUGUCUGAGUUAGUGUAUGUCUGUGUGCUAUAUAUGUCUGUUUGUUUGUGCGUCAGUGUGUGUGUACAGUAGUGUGUGUUUCCUACAGUGUGGUUAGCAGUAUUUGUGUGUGUAACAGUGUGGAUAGCAGUACGUGUAGUAGUUUGUGUAGCAAUGUGCGUGUAACAGUGUGUUUAGUAGUGUCUGUUUGUGGACAGUGUAGGAUUUGUGUAACAAUGUGGGCAACAAUAUGAGUAGAAGUAUGUAUGUUUGUGUUUGUCUAAGAGUGAAAAGCAGUGUGUACAGUCUAGGUGGCAGUAUAUGUAGCAGUGUGUGUGUCAUUUCUGAAUUGGCCAUUCUGACCUCAGUCCUGUUUUUCUCCUGGCCAGUCCUCUCCUUCCAGGAGAUCACUGUAUUCAUUCUGAGGGGUCAGACGAUGGACAGGUCAGGCUCCUCAGAUGAACACAGCAGUAGCAAAGUCCUGCUGCCUCUGUUCAGCAAGCACUGGACAGGAGGUGAGAAAGGGACUUUUAACAGGCAGAUUAGAUGUACCCAUCAGGCAUGCGUCUGUAGGCCCGUGCUUACUCUGUCCAAUGGGAAAUGUGGCACCUCAUCUUCAGAAUGAGGAAAAUAAGAGCUAUUAUUGCUGAUAUGUGAACCCAAGUUUGAAGAGGGACUCUGUGCACCAUCAUAACUGGUUGAACUUUGAUUGUGCAGAAAGUACCCUGCACCAACUCUCAGCUACAAAAAUAGCUGUAGAUCUAACCCAGUCCCUUAGAGCUGUCAAUCAAACAGCAGAGUGAUGCUGCUGAGAAUGAUUUCAAACAAGGUGAAAAACUACUUUUCUCACAAAUCCAUUUAUGGGAUUAGAUUAGAUUCCACAAACUAAAAUGACAUCUGGAUCUUCUGUUUGAAGGAAGGCUGUCUCUAGUUAUAGCCAAACCAUUAAACGGUGUAUCUGCAGGAGACUUUAUAUGUACCUAACAUAUGUUUAAAAGCAUUAUCUAUAUAAUGCUGUAAAUAGAAUGGAUGGUCAAUUCUUCCCUAAAGUUUCUCUUUUAUUAAUUAUGCUUUCCUCUUAAGGAUGGAACCACACCUCUGUGGAUUGCUGCACAGGUGGGGCACAGUGAAGUGGUCAGAGUUCUGCUGCUCAGAGGAGCGGAUCGAGAUGCUGCCCGCAUUGUAAGUAGCCAAUGUCAUGUGCUGGGCAGACAGUGCUGGAUGGUUAAUGCAGUGUGCUGAGUAGACGGUGCUGGAUAGUUAAUGCAGUGUGCUGGAUAGACAGUGCUGGAUGGUUAAUGCAAUGUGCUGAGUAGAUAGUGCUGGAUGAUUAAUGCAGUGUGCUGGAUAGACAGUGCUGGAUAGUUAAUGCAGUGUGCUGGGUCGACAGUGCUGGAUAUUUAAUGCAGUGUGCUGGGUAGACCGUGCUGGAUAGUUGCUGGGUAGACAGUGCUGGAUAGUUAAUGCAGUGGGCUGGGUAGACAGUACUGGUUUCAACCAAGAGACAUGAAAGGAGUUAGGGAUGUGCAGGGCAGGAGGUAGGGCAACCUGAUAUGCAACCGGGUUAAUCCUCCUUAAAACCUUGUAAGGUCCAAUGUAGCGAGGGGCAAACUUCAUGUAAGGAACCUUCAAGCGGAUGUGUCUGGUACUCAACCACACCCUAUCACCCGGGGAAAAAACAGGAGCAGCCCGUCUACGUCUGUCAGCGUGUAGCUUGAACAUCGCGGAACUAUGAGCAAGAAUUCGUCGAGUCUGAUCCCACAACUUUCUCAGAUUGGCAACAUGUACAUCAACCGACGGUAUACCAUGAGAAUGCAAUACCGACGGAAGAAUGGUAGGAUGAAAGCCAUAAUUCAAGAAAAAGGGGCUAUUGUGAGUAGAAUCACAAACAAGAUUGUUGUGCACAAACUCCGCCCAAGGAAUUAGACCGACCCAAUUGUCUUGGUGUUCAGAAACAAAACAACGUAAAUAUUGUUCAAUCUUUUGGUUGGUGCGUUCGGCUGCCCCGUUGGACUGGGGAUGAUAGGCAGAAGAGAAAUUCAGCUUGAUACCCAACUGGGAACAGAAGGACUUCCAAAACCGGGAAAUAAAUUGGGAACCUCUGUCCGAAACGAUAUCAGUAGGAAUACUGUGUAAGCGAAAAAUUUCCUUCGCAAAUAUCGCAGCCAAUUCGGGUGAGGAAGGAAGUUUAGGAAAAAGAACAAAAUGAGCCAUUUUAGUAAAUCUGUCGAUCACCGUGAGAAUAACUGUAUGUUUAUUGGAAACAGGCAAAUCGACAAUAAAAUCCAUAGCUAAACUGGCCCAAGGUUUCAUGGGUAUGUCUAAGGGUUGCAAUAAACUACAUAGGAGUGUAUGUGGUAGUUUAUUCUUUACACAUAUAUCGCAUGCCCUGACAAAAUCCUUUAUAUCCUUACGUAAUGUAGGCCAGAAGUCUUUGGAAAUCAGAGAAUACGUUUUGUGUAUGCCGGGGUGUCCAGCAACUUUACUUUCAUGAAAGCAUCGAAGCAAGUCUACUUGGAACUUAGGAGGAACGAAAUACCGACCCUCAGGAGUAUGUACAGGAGCUAGACACUGUUCUUUCUCAACAUCAGAAAGUGUAUUUUGACACUUGUGUUGGCUAUAAUAUUUUGUUUGGGAACAGUAGGAGACAAAGCAGUUUCCGUAACAGUAGUAGGUUCAUGUUGGCAGGACAACGCAUCCGCCUUGGUGUUCUUAGAACCAGGUCUGUAUGUGAGUAAGUAAUUGAAAUGAGUAAGGAACAAGGACCAACGAGCUUGUCUGGCGGACAAUCUCUUAGCUUCUCCUAUGCAGGAUAAAUUUUUGUGGUCCGUCAAAAUGGUAAUUGGGUGUAAAGUCCCCUCUAACAAAUGUCUCCAUUCCUUUAAUGCCAUUAUAACCACUAGUAGUUCUCUGUCUCCAAUGUCAUAUCUUCUUUCCGUCUCUGACAAUUUUUUGAAAAAGAAGCCACAUGGGUGUAAUGGUUUAUCCAAACCUUGUCUUUGGGAUAACACUGCCCCCAUACCUGUCUCUGAAGCGUCUACCUUGAGUAAAAAAGGUAACGAGGUUUCAGGAUGGACCAAUAUUGGUGCUGAAGCAAAAGUUUCUUUGAGCGUUUCGAAAGCAGAUAGAGCCUCUGUAGACCAUGUUUUGGUAUUAGCGCCCUGUUUAGUCAUAUUAGUAAUAGGAGCAAUAAUAGAAGAGUAUCCUUUAAUAAAGCGCCUAUAAUAGUUAGAGAAACCGAUAAAUCUCUGUAUGGCUUUGAGUCCCUUAGGCAAUGGCCAAUCUAAAAUUGAUUUAAGUUUAAUUGGGUCCAUCGUAAAUCCAUCCCUGGAAAUUACGUAACCUAGAAAAUUUAUCCAAUUUGCAAUGCAAUCCAUGUUGUAAAAGUUUACGUAAUACCCUUCUGACUUGUCUGUGAUGAGUCUCAAUGUCCCUAGAAUGUAUUAGUGUAUCAUCCAAAUAUACUAUAACGCAUUCAUGCUGAAAUUCCCUAAGAACCUCAUUAAUCAGAUCUUGGAAGACCGCUGGUGCAUUGCAUAGCCCGAAGGGCAUUACAGUGUACUCAUAAUGGCCGUAACCGGUAUUGAAAGCCGUUUUCCAUUCGUCUCCCUGAUGAAUUCUUGCCAAGUUAUACGCUCCCCUUAAGUCUAAUUUGGUAAAAAUCAUGGAGCCCUUCAGUCUAUCAAAUAGCUCGAUAAUCAGAGGAAUGGGAUAUGCAUUCCUAAUGGUUAUCUUAUUCAAGCCCCGAUGAUCUAUGCAAGGCCGCAGGGUGCCGUCUUUUUUAUCUACAAAGAAGAAGCCGGCCCCAGCCGGAGAUGAAGACCUUCUAAUAAAUCCUUUACCUAAAUUCUCUUUUAUAUAUUCCUCCAGCACUAAGUUUUCUUUAGUAGAUAGAGAAUACACCGUACCCCUCGGAGGCAUAGUACCAGGCAAGAGUUUAAUAGUACAGUCAUAAGACCUAUAAGGAGGUAAUGUGUCAGCCUUCCUCUUGUCAAAGACCGCCUUUAGAUCCAGGUACCGAGAAGGUAUCUGUAAGUCUGUAGGUUGGGAAGAGUUGGUAGGAGUGUUUACUAAGCAGACGGGUGUGACCUUCAACAAACAUCCUUCCCUACAACCCGGUCCCCAUGAAACUAUUUCUCCUUGUUCCCAAUCAAUGAUGGGGUUAUGUUUUUUAAGCCAGGGAUAUCCUAGGACCACUGGAACUGAAGGAGAAGAGAUUAAUAAGAGGGACAUAAUUUCCUCGUGUAGGAUAGCCAUGGUUAACCUAACGGGUAUAGUCUCCCGAAAUAUAACAGGUUCUGAUAGUGGUCUACCAUCUAUGGCCUCAACGGCCAAGGGUGUAUCUCUUAGUUGAGAUGGGAGAAAAUGGUUAUUGGCAAAAGCUUGAUCUAUAAAGCUUUCAGCUGCUCCGGAAUCUAUCAAAGCCAUCAUAGUUACAACUCCCUUUUCCCAAGCUAAAGAGACAGGGAUAAGAAGCCUAUGGUCUUUAUAAUCAUACAUAGAGGACAAGAUCGAAACACCCAAAGCCCAUCCUCUUGAGAAACUUAGGUGCGAGCGUUUCCCGGCCGUGUAGGGCAAUUUAGGAGCAGGUGACCUCUUAGUCCACAAUACAAACAAAGACUCUCCCUUCUCCUGUAUUGUCUCUCAUCCUCUGAGAGGCGAGUAGUUCCUAUUUGCAUGGGUUCUGGAAGGGCUAGGUUUGUAGAGUCAGGAUUCUGGAAUGAGGGGGCAAGUCUUAUAGAAGGUCUACGGGUUCUAUCCCGAGUAUUCUGCCUCUGUCUCCUACGUUCAUCUAUUCGGGAAAUAAAUGACACCAAAUCUUCCAAAUUUUCCGGGAGUUCUCUUGUGGCAACCUCAUCUAGAAUCUCAUCAGAUAACCCGUUCAAAAAUACAUCCAUAUAAGCCUGUUAGUUCCAUUUGACUUCUGCCGCCAAGGAUCUGAACUCUAGCGCAUAAUCCACGAGAGUUCUAUUAUUCUGUCUAAGACGUAACAGUAACCUAGCUGCAUUGGACUUCUUUCCUGGGGGGUCAAAAGUCCUCCUGAAAGCUGCGACAAAAGCAUUAUAAUUAUAGACCAAAGGGUUAUCAUUUUCCCACAAAGGGUUAGCCCAUCUAAGUGCUCUGUCAAUUAGUAAAGUUAUUAUAAAUCCAACCUUAGCCCUGUCAGUAGGAUAGGCCCGGGGUUGUAGUUCAAAAUGAAUACUUAUCUGGUUUAAAAAACCUCGACAAGUAUCUGGUGACCCACCAUAGCGUAGAGGGGAAGUAACACGAGAAGAGGCACCCAAUGUGGUUCCUCUAAACCUGUGCUUACAGGAGUGAUAGUGGAAGUACGCAUCUCCUCUGACUGAGUACUAGGACGUGAUAAUAAAGACUGCAAAGCUAGAGCCAUCUGGUCCAUUCUAUGGUCCAUGGCCUCAAAUCUAGCAUCAGAGGAACUGAUUUGAGAGCUAGCACCUGCAGGAUCCAUUGGCCCUGUCGUAAUGUCAGGAUCGUGACAGGGAUCCAACACGCAGAAUGCAAACAGGAGGAGGUACGUAUACCGGACCUUAGGAUGGCCGGACUAACGUAUAGACAAGACAAAGAAUGGUCAGAGACAAGCCGAGGUCGAGGGAACGAGAGAACAGGUUAGCGAGAGACAAGCCGAGUAUAAGGGUAAGAGAAGGUAGCAGGGACGAUAAUAGAGAGCCGAAUCAAAACCAAAUAAUCACAAUAAGAGCACUGAGUGACCAGACUAGCUAGAACCACGACAGGGCAAUAAGUUAUUGCAAAUGAGUCUCUUUUAUACCUUGGUUUCUUAAUUGGUGACCACGCCCCCAAAAUGUCCUGAUUUGCGGUUUCUGGCGGUUUGUGACGUCAAUGGCGUCAUGACGUCGGCUAUUGAGCGCCGCAUCAUAAAAGGAGGCGGAGCUAUCGCGGCCGGCAGAGCUAUCACGGCUGGCGUGCAAGCGGCCGAAAAUGCCGAAACGAUCGGGUGUACAAGCCCCCAUCUGAGGGACCACGUCCAGAUGCCUGACCUCCUCUGAGGUAGAUACUACAGGUACCAUGACAGCUGGAUAGUUAAUGCAGUGUACUGAGUAGACAGUGCUGGAUAGUUGCUGGGUAGACAGUGCUGGAUAGUUAAUGCAAUGGGAUGGGUAGACAGUGCUGGAUAGUUAAUGCAGUGGGCUGGGUAGACAGUGCUGGAUAGUGAAUGCAGUGGACUGGGUAUACAGUGUUGAAUAGUUAAUGCAGUGUGCUGGGUAGACAGUACUGGAUAGUUAAUGCAAUGGGCUGGGUAGACUGUGCUGGAUGGUUAUUGCAGUGUGCUGGAUAGACAGUGCUGGAUGGUUAAUGCAGUGUGCUGGUUAGACCAUGCUGAAUGGUUAAUGCAGUGUGCUGGAUAGACAGUGAUGGAUAGUUAAUGCAGUGGGCUGGGUAGACAGUGCUGGAUAGUUAAUGCAGUGGGCUGGGUAUACAGUGCUGGAUAGUUAAUGCAGUGGGCUGGGUAGACAGUGCUGGAUAGUUAAUGCAGUGUGCUGGGUAGACAGUGCUGGAUAGUUAAUGCAGUGGGCUGAGUAGACAGUGCUGGAUAGUUAAUGCAGUGUGCUGGGUAGACAGUGAUGGAUAGUUAAUGCAGUGGGCUGGGUAUACAGUGAUGGAUAGUUAAUGCAGUGGGCUGGGUAGACAGUGCUGGAUGGUUAAGGCAGUGAGCUGGGUAGACAGUGAUGGAUAGUUAAUGCAGUGGGCUGGGUAGACAGUGAUGGAUAGUUAAUGCAGUGUGCUGUGUAGUUUAUGCAUUCAGAGACAGAUUAUUCAUAAGGUAGCCUUAUGGAGCUACUGCCCUGGCUGUGAGGGAACCCUCCAGGCUCCAGAUAGGAGUUUCCUAAUCUACAUUAGGUGCACAUCACUUUAAGAGCUUGCUUCUCUGGUUCUCUGGCAGUUCUCAAUUGCCCAGCAUGCCGUAGCCAGAACUCUGAGCCAUUGACAGAGCACCCGGCCAGGUGGGAGCUUUGAAAGUGAUCAACUCUCAAUAGAGGUGAAGAUCUCAAGCUUAGUGACUUAGCAACACUAACAACAGUCAUAGAAACUGAGCCCAAGGCUCUAGGAGCGGGCCCAACAUGCUGGGUGUAUACUAAGCGUAAAGUGCUUAGCAGUCAGUGCACUAUCACUCCAGUUAUGUCAUGGAGCUUUCCGUCCAGCACCAGGUUAUGAAGCAUCGUUUUAUGUAUUUCUGGUCCUUGCUUUCAAUAUUUCAAUAUUUCCGAGAGGCAGCAGGAAUGUCAACAAACUAAUAUGCAUCCUUUAGGAAUAUCACAGAUUCACAGAUGGCAUCUUGUAUUACAUUACAUUCUUGUAUCUGUGAAAAUUCCAUAAACAUCUUAGCCUAUAUCAGCCAAAAUACUAACAGAUAGAACAUGUGUGUCUCUAAGAGUCUUUUCUUUUCAGGAUGGCACGACUGCAUUGUUUAAAGCAGCUACUAAGGGAUUCAGUGAAGUUAUAGAAGAAUUGCUGAAAUUCUCUCCCUCACUCAACAUUUUAAAGGUAAGAAAUCCACGAAUCUUCCAUAAUUUAUAAAACUGAUUUUAAAUGCACUAUGACACCUAAUAACUGUCUUUGGACUUACAGUUGACAUUGAUUCCAUGGGUUUACUGUGACUACAGGACUGCUAUGCUAUUGCAUGUUACUGUCAUAGAGUGAAUACAAAUAAUAAUAUUAAUAAUAUUAUAAUAAUAAUAAUAAUAAUAUAUAAUAAUAAUAGAGCACAAUACUCUUAGUUGAGUUAAGUUGGAAACGGCUAAACUAUUGUUACAAAUUUAUAUAAAGGCUCGACAAAUCCCAGGACGCCAUGGCGACUAGAAAUUUCGCCCUGGUGCCUGAGAUUUGCCAGCUAUUUAGUUAAUGUGGCAGCCAGAGCUUUGAAGGCGGCCGUUGCAAGAAGAUUGGUGCCGGGCCAUCCUGAGGAGCAUGGAGGCGGGCAGCUGAGACAGGAUUGAGCCGGCCGCCCUAAAGAGGAUGGAGGCGGGCAGCUCAGGUGGCAUGGAGCUGGCCACCCGUGGAAACAUUGUAGGCAACAUGCGAGGGAGCAGUACUGUGCCUGCAGCUCCUCUCUGCUUCUUCUCACUGUCUAAUGAUGCCGGGAGACGGAAUAUGAUGUCAAUUCGGCCCCGGCAUCAUGACAGAGAGUGCAAGAGAGCAGAGAGGAGCUACAGGCAAAGGAAGAGAGCAGGAAUAGAGCAGCCCCACUGGACCCCAGGGAAAGACCCACCCAGCUAUCCCAAAGGUAGGGAGGCUGAGUGGGUUUCAAAUAAAACAAAAAUGUAAGUGUGUAAGAGCCUGUCAGAGUGUGUGUGCCUUUCAGUGUGUGUGCCUUUCAGUGUGUGUGCCUGUCAGAGUGUGUGUGUGCGUGAGCCUGUCAGAGUGUGUGUGUGCGUGAGCCUGUCAGUGAGUGUGUGUGCAUGAGCCUAUCAGUGAGUGUGUGUGUGUGUGAGCCUGUCAGUGAGUGUAUGUGUGUGUGUGUACGCCUGUCAGAGAGUGUGUGCAUGCCUGUCAGUGUGUGUGCGUAGGUAGGGAGGCUGUGUGGGGUUCAAUUAAAACAAAAAAAUGUAAGUGUGCGUGAGCCUGUCAGAGUGUAUGUGUGAGCCUGUCAGAGUAAGUGUGUGUGAGCCUGUCAGUGUGUGUGUGUGCCUGUCAGUGUGUGCGUGCAAGCCUGUUAUCAAUGUGAGUGUCUAUGUGAGCCUCUCAGAGUGUGUGUGAGCAUGUUUAGGUGCCCCCUCUGAUCGCAAGAGGAAGGUGUUUUUAAUCACCUUUUCCCCCACGCCGUGCCAGUUUUCCUGAGGCUGGUCCCACCUCCAUGGCUGAGAUUAUCAAUCUUUAUGAUCUCAGCUAAACCAACGCUUUCCCUAAAGAAAGCAUUGGGGGCAUUUUGUGCAUGCACAUCAAAUGUGACAAUCCGCAUCUCCUCAUAGAGAUGCAUUAAAUUAAUGAAAAUUUAUGAGGAACAUUCAUGCCUCCAUGCAGAACGUGACCCAGGACUCUCUAGUGGCCAUCUGAGUGGCUUUCACUAGAGGUGUUACUAAGCAGCAAUGUAAACACUGCCUUCACUGCCUUUUUGCUGAAAAGGCAGUGUUUAAACUGAAAAGCCUGCAGGCACACGCUAUAGACACCAGAACAACUACAUCAAGCUGUAGUGGUUCUGGUGACUAUAGUGUCCCUUUAAGAAUUGCAUUUUCUUGUUAAAAAUGACCGGCUCCUAACUUUUUUUAGCUGGCUCCUAGAUUCAUAUUGCCGGUGGUAUUGCUACAUAUGUCAUUUGUGGAUCUUAAUAUAUUUAGCCCAUAGAGUGCUAAUAGUAACACCCUAUACAGAUUGGUGCACGGAUUUAGGCAAAGAUGCAUUUUGCCAACCCCCAUCAACAGAGCCGGUGCAAGGAUUUUUGCCGCCCUAGGCAAACAAAAAAUGUUGCCGCCCCCAUGUGUUAUCACAAUGCCCCAACUAUAUAAUCUGCCAUAUGAGCCAACACCAGUGCUGCAUACAGUGUCUUUUCUCUGAAAAGGCAGUGUGUUUACAUUAAAAAAAAGCCUGCAUGGGCAGGCUAUAGACACCAGAACCACUACAUUAAGCUGUAGUGGUUCUGGUGACUAUAGUGUCCCUUUAAUGUGAGGUAAAUUAGAGGUUAGUGUCACUAAUAAUAUACUGGAUUGCCUAUUUGCCACCAGAUGAGAAUAAGAGGAUGAUGAUGGGCUCAGGCUGCAGUCUGGCUCCACUGGUCUGAUGUUAAAACAGGCUCUCUGGAGGCAGUGCUCACAAAAAUAAACAAACAGGAAGCAGCUCCAUUGUUUGGGGUCCCUUACACAGAUCACAGUCUGGGCCCCCAGGGCCUGACCGUGAGUAUGCCAACAAGGCCCGCCCAUAAGCCUUAUGCCUACAAGAUCCACCCAUGAGUUUGCUCACAUUGAGUUGAGUGUAUGUGUGUAGGGAAUGUGUUAUUGUAGAGGAUGUAAUGUUUGUUCUGAAAUAUAGUGUAUAGGGAUACCAGUUUGUGUAAGGGAUGUAGUCUCUGUGUAGUGUGUGUGUAUAGGGGAUGCAAUGUGUGUGUUAAUAUGUGUUUGUAUCUGUAAGGGAUGCAAGGUGUGCUUCUGUGUAUGUGUGCAAGGGCCUCAUUGUGUGUGUGUGUUUGUGAGGUAUGCGUUGUAUGUGUGUAAGGGACGCAUUGUGUGUGUGUGUGUGUGUGUAUGUGUGUGUAAUGCAUGCAUGGUGUGUUUCUGUGUGAAUGUAGGAUGCAUUGUAUGUUUCUGUGCAUGUGCGUGUGUGGGCAUGCAUUGUGUGUUUCUGUGUAUGUGUAAGGAUGCAUUGUGUAUGUGUGUAGUGUCCCCUUCCCUCCUGUCCCUUAGUGCUCUCACCUCCUGUCCCUUAGUGCUGUGCUCUCCCCUCUUUCCCCUUAGUGCUCUCCCAUCCUCUCCUGUCCCUAAGUGAUCUCCCCUGCCCCUGCCCCUGCUCUCCACUGCCCUCCUGUCCCUUAGUGAUCUCCUCUCCCCUCCUGUCCCUCAGUGCUCUCUCCUGCCCACCUGUCCCCUGGUGCUGUCCCCUGCCCCCUCCCUUAAUGCUCUCCCCUGACCCUUAGUACUCUCCACUGCCCUCUUCCCCCUACCAUUGAGCUCUCCCCUGCCCCCUCCCCAUAUCCAUAGUGCUCUCUCUCCCCCCUGUCCCUUAGAGCUCUCCCCCCUCUUGGCCUCUCCAGGCCCCCCAUCUUUCCCUUGGUGGUCUCUCCUCCCCUCCCCCCAUCUUUCCCUUAGUGAUCACUCCCCCCAACCCCAUCUUUCCCUUAGUGGUCUCUCCUAUCUGACCCUUUGUGCCAUCUCCCCUCCCUUCCCUGUUGUGCCUCCUACCUCAGUGUAGCGUUGCCGUACAGCGCAGACCACAGUACAGAAGCUUGUGUGUCCUGUACUUCAUUUCAGUCCGGCCGGGUACAGGAAACACAAGCUCCUGUAUCGCAGUCCACGCCGCCCGGCCAUGUUCCCUCCUGCAGGGUCACUCGAAAAUUGCGCCCCCCCGGGCCGGUGCGCCUAUAGGACGCGCCGGACCUGCCCACCAAUGUGUCUUUGCCUACGUAGGCAUGUUUGUCCCCCUUUUGUGUAUCUUACCACCUUUUGUGUCUCAUUUCCCUAUUUUUUAAUUUCUUACCCCAUCAAUCAUCUUCCAUUCCCCAUUUUGAAUGUAUUACCGCUUUUAGUGUAUCCUAUCCCCAUUAUUGAGUGUCUCACCCUCUUUAGUGUACCUUAUCUCCAUUUUGUGUCUGACCCCCGUGAUCCUUUUCGCCCCCUUUCUUUCCCCUUUUUUUCACCUAGCCCCUGUAUCUUGUAGUCUCCUUUGUCUCUUAGUUCCCUGUGUCUUUCCCCCUUUGUCUCUUGCCCACAUGUCUCACCGUGUCUCUUAGUCUCUAAGCGUUUCUCAUGCCUAUUAGCCACCAUGUCUCUUACCCUCCUCUGUAUCUCUUGCCUUAUUUGUUUAUUCUUGUGUGUCUUCAGUUGUGUUGCCUGUCACCCAGACUAUGUGACCCUGCUCGUGUUACAUGAUUAUUUUGAUAAAUGCCAUACUUUUGUGUCUUAAAGUAAAACAAAGAACGUAGUGCCAAGGUACUAAACAUGUUUUAUUAUUUUUUUCAUAUCAGAAUGGGUCUUCAGUUCUUCAUGCCGCAGUUCUUAGUGGAAAUUUAAGGUCAGUGAGACUUCUCUUAGAAGCAGGAGCAGACCCAAUGCUUAAAAAUAAGGUGAGUCUGUAAGUAAUACCUCAGAAACAGUACCUAUAAAUAAGGGCUCAUCCACCUUACUGGUUUCCUAUAAAUGGGCAACCAAUUAAUCUGAUGGGAAAAUGUGCCCAGACCAGACAUGCCAUGUCAUAAUAGGUUGUAUGUAAAGUAUGUUUUUUAGAAGACUUCUUGCAGAACGAUUCCAACACUUAAGCAUGAAAACACAACAAGUUUUAAUUUCCAAACAGUGUAUUGAUGUUUAGAAUGCAAAGACUAAUAGUCACCCAUUAGUUCUGACAAUGCAACUGUAUGCACCCUAAAGUAACUGUUAUUUAUUUUUUCAGGUCAAUGAACUACCAGCAGAUCUAACAAAAAAUGAGCGUAUAUUACGGCUUCUGCGGAACAAAGACAAACUGGGGCUGUUGUGAUUAUUUUUAGUUUUCCUACAGAAAAUGCACUGCUCCCUGUUAUAUUGCUGCGAGCCAGGUACUUCAGUGGCUCAACAUGAUUUAAAGAAAGCCUCUCCUAUACUGAUUUAAAGUGGUCGAAGUCACAAGUAUGCAAACCCUGGUGUUAUGCGACAAAUUACUAACUAAUGAGCCAUGUAAAUAUCGCCGUGUCUUUAAUAGUUAUGCCAGCAUAUGAAGGCACCUUUCAAUGUAACGUGGGUAGGAAUUAAUAUUUUUUUUGAGGGGUCAUAAUAUCAGGGAGAUAUUAAACCAGUUAUGCUAUUUUCAGGUCAAAUCGGGGAGUCUGCCUCUAUCUCGGAGAAUAUGUUUAUUAUUCUAAUCAGCCUUAAAGUACUGAUCCAACUUGCUGUGUGGUAACAUUUACCUGAUCUCUUGAAAUCUACCAGCAUUGGCCUUGGGCAAACUAAUAUUCUAUACUUUGAUUCUAGAGAUGGAACACUCAUUUAGAAUUAGUAGGCAUGUUGAUUUAAAAAAAAAAAAGACACCUACAUGGAAAUCAUAAAGGUAUGUUGCUGCUGGACUGAUCUCUCAGGUUUUGACCUUGAGUCAGUGAUGGUGAACAGUGUCAACUUCACAGACCCUUGUGGGCGUCUAGAGGAUUAAAUGAUGAAGGGAAUCAAUGGGUCUAGAAUGUACAUAUUAGGGGGAUGAAAGCUUUAAAAUAACUAUAUUAAGUUACAGGGGUGCGAGUGGUUGUAGGUAAACCCACUGGCCUGAUGACUCAGCCACCAUAAUAUAA